AGUGCGGGAGCGCAAGGAGGUGGCGCCGCCGCCGCCGCGCAGCUGGGAGCGUGGCAGGCCUUAAAAGAGGCGGGGCGGCGACGGCAGCGGCAAGUGACGGAGCAGUAGCAGCAACGCAGCGAGGACUACAGCAGCCGGCAAACUUUGCCUGCCGGGACCUGCCUGGCGGAGAGGACCCGCGCAGAGGCGGAGUCUGGCGGCGGCGGCGGCGCGCGCGCCACGGGGGAUGAAGCUGCUGCUCCUGGCUUGGCGGCCACAGGCUGAGCGAGCGUAAGAGGCUGGCCAGGCAUUGCAGAGGCUGCGGGCGGCUCGGUGCGCAGCUGCUGCGGGCCGGGGGAAGAGAGAAACACCGGCGGCGGCGGCGGCAGCGGCGGCCCCAGCACCACCAGCAGCAUGACGCGCCCUCCUCCGCUCCUGCUCCUUUCGCUGCUGCUGCUGCUUCGAAUCCCCGGGCCGUGCUCCGGGGAGCGGAGCAACAGCGCCCUGGAGGAGAUCGCCACGGAGAAAGAAGCCGAGGAGAGCCACCGGCAGGACAGCGUGAGCCUCCUGACGUUCAUCCUGCUGCUCACGCUCACCAUCCUCACCAUCUGGCUCUUCAAGCACCGCCGCGUCCGCUUCCUCCACGAGACCGGCCUGGCCAUGAUCUACGGUGAGGCUGGGGGUGCGCGCGCGCUCUCUCUGUGCUUUCUGGUUCUGGAGGAAGGAGGAAGGAGGAGAAGGGCAGGGAUGGGGAAAGAGAUGGGUGUGUGCGCGCGAGAUAGAGAUCGCCUUUGAUGCAAGCGCCUGCCGCGAACAAAGGCUUGUUAGCACACUUGCCUCAAAUCCUGUAAGCAGCAGAGGGAGUGUGUGUGUUUGUGUGUGUCUUGCAAGGUCCUUCCGUUCCUCGCCUUGCUUUUUCUCUCCUUCAUAUACGACGACACAAAACUCUUCCGUAUGUUGCGCGCGCGUUUGUGUGUGUCUCCCCCGCCCCCCUCCAUCGAAACCUUAUUUAUUUGUGGAAGCGCCAUGAAUGUCAAGGCGAUUUGCUAAUUCCACCAGCCCUUGGCUGUGGAGGCGGGAGGAGGAGAAUUUGCAUUAGAUUCCAAAGGGGCGGGAACAGCGACUGUGCCUAUGGCAAAAGGAUGCUCUAUGGAGGUCAGGGUGGGGGGGUACAUGGUGGGGUAUUAGAUGGGCGAGGAGGCAUUUGCUCUGGUUGCUUGGGCCCCCCCCCCAUCGUUUCUUUGCCUGGUGGAUGCGACUCCAUUCCUCCUCUGCUUUUUUCGUCUGUGUCUUCAGAUAUAUGGUUGUUUUGUGGUGUCUUGCUGGCAUCGUUUUCUCAAGGCCCAGGGUCUGGAUAAAUGCAGAUGCACAUGUGUGAGCCUCUUCUCAAGUCAAACCUGCACCUCCUUGAAGAAGAAUGAGCAUCCCUCGAAAUGUGUGCAAUUAGCCAGGCCUCUGCUAUUUCCUAAUUCAGCGUUUCCAAGCUAAUGGGGGAACAGAAGGUCAAAUUGCUUUGGGCAUCAUCUGUUUUCUCUCUCUAUACACACCACCAUAUAUACCACUAUUGUAAGAGGCAAAUUAUGUAAUGUGCAUUUCAGAGAGGGCUUUUAGCCCUCUCUGAAAUGCACAUUACAUAAUUUGCCUCUUACGAUGGUGGUUUGCAGGCUUGUUUAGGGUCAUAGGGAGUGGGACAGAGGCCAAAUGUCAGUUGCUUUUUACAUAAUGGAAAAAAAUAGAGAUGUAAACUAUGUUUUCGUGUCGCUUUUCUUAAUGGAGAUACAUUAUUAUGACAUGCUGAAAUGUCCCGUGAGGAAACCUUCAGGCCUUAUUUGAAUGCUGCUCGCUAAUUGAACUGGUAAUGUGCAUGGUGGUGCAGAAGUUAAAUUUCUGUACGGUAAACAUUUCAAUUGUAGUCUUGACAGCAAGAUUCUGUCAUGUGCUACUUUUGGAUUACCCUUUUGGAUUCCCUUAUUUUUUACUGGGAAUAAACUGGGCAUAAUUUUGUUGUUCUUGUUGUUGUUAUUGUUAUCUUGGACUCUGUACAGGAAGACUAGACACAUCUUUAAACAUUCAUGCUCUUUAGCUGGAAGCUUGGCUGCCUGCUAGCUUUGUGUUUUUUGUUUUUUUAAUCUUUGGCCCUUGAUGCUUCCUGGCUCCCUCCUGAUUGUGCUGAAACUCUGCACCAGGAAAGGUUACCCAAUGCACUUUAAAUCCUUGUGUGUGGUCAUGUGAUGAAAUUAAGUAAAUACUGGUUUGGAGCUGUUCCAUUUGCUGCUUCUUUUAUAUCAGAUUUCUAAAAUGGUUCAAAGUUGCAAUGCACAGAUGCCAUGAUCCCUGACUUUAGAUCUGAUUUUUAUAUCUUUUGCACUAUUAUUGUUCCCUGUUGUUGUAUUUACUUGGGUUUCAUUCUGCUGCUGUGCUUUAGUCUGUUAGAUGUUACGUUUGUGUUUAAUUUGGACAUUGUUAUGAUCUUAACUUUUCUGUAAGCUGCACAGAGAACUUGUUCUUUUUUUCUUUUUUUUGCUAAGUACUGUAAUUAAAUGAGAAAAGCUUGCCCUUUGAAAGGUUUUGGUGGUGGAAGAUCAAAGCAAAAGUACCAUACAUUUGUUCCUACUAUCUGAUGUGGCACAGAACUGGGGAAUUGUGAUCAGCUCAGUAGCCACCAGAUUUGAUUAAUGACUGGUGCAGAGGACUGCAUGUGUACCUACACUGACAUAUAUAUAACCUUGUGCUAUUUUCCUUUUGCAUCUUCAAUAUCAUAGCAAUUCUUAAGUGUUCAGAUUUUGAUCAUAGGCAGAAGUGUUGAUUCUCAAACUCUGGGUUUGAUUACUGUAUUUGGUUCUUCUUUGCUGGUAAAAAAAUGAAAUCUAAAAGGGCAUAAUGUCUGCUCAACAUUCCAUGGUGCAGAUGUUUAUUCUGGUAAGGAAGUGCCCAUGAAUGUUUGCACUGGGCAAAAAGCAACCGUUUCCUCCACUAUAUUCAACAAAUCCUUAAAAGUUAAAACAGUUGAAAAGCAAUGGGAUUUUCUCUGCUGAGGUUUCUCAACCUCUGACAAUCUUCUUAGUCAUUUGUUCCCUGCUGCAGUGCUGUGCUGUUGUAAGUCUUUUUUUUUUUUUAACACCCUGAACACUUGGCAGUAAAGAUAUGCAAAUGUUUCCUGUGUGCUGCAAUCUUGUGCAUGUCUACGCAGAAGUAAACCUCACUGAGUUUAAUAGGAAUUUCUCUAAGGAAAGCAUGUAUAGGAUUUCAUUCUUAGCGUAACAGCUUGCAUUUGCAUCAUUUUCCAGACCAUACAAAAUCAGUUUCCAUAAGUUAUGGGUAUACAUAAGAAACAUCCACAUACUUGACCUGGAUGUGGAUGAUAUAUACACUCUCACCAUGGGACAUUUGUCUCAAUAAUAGGUUCUAUGUUGAUUUUUAUAUUUAUAUAGAAUGGUUUUUUCCUCAAUUCUUGAAGCUAAAUGCAUGGAAUACAAAACAGACUAUUAUAGGAAGUAUAACAUAUGUUGGUAGGUUCUAUGUACUUAAAAUCUCAAGAAUCUUUUUUUGCGUGUGUCCAUCAAUAAAUAUAACAUAGCGUUUAUUGAGAUAAAUGGCAGGCUUUUUUUUUAAAGAAAAUUUUAAGACGCAAAGGUCUGUUUUGUUUCACAGAGUGCACAUAGUACUGUAAAGUUACAUAAGCAAAAACACAGAACCUUUCCCUGAGUUGCUUCCAAACUGACUUGACAGUGAAGAAGACAGCAGAAGGAUAGAGGAAAGUGAUCUGGUGCAAUUAUACACACUUAAGCUCUGUUCAGUUAAAAAAUAGGAAUUAAGGGAUUAAUCUAAAGGCUCGCUUAAUUUAUGAAUUCUUUCCUACGAAGCAUCUCGGAAGCAACAUUGCAGUACAUUAAAAACUCAUAUGAAACCAUAGCACACGUAAAAUAAAAGGGAAAAAAGCUAUUGCAUAUAGAAGCAAUUUCAUGUCCAGUGUAGAUACCGACCGAGAUAGAAAUCUCCACUUAGAAGGUCUCUUGAAAGAGAGAUGUCUUCAACAGAUGCCAAAAAGACAACAGAGAUACGCCUGUCCGGUAUGUAACGCAUGUGUAGGUGCCUACACACUAAAAGCUUGAUUUUUGACAUAUGGAAUGGACCUCCUGAUAAGAUGGUAUCUGCAAGAUGAGACUUAUGUGGCAAAGUUGGGCUUUGAGGAGGGGUUUGAAAGAAAAGAGAGCUGGUGCUAUCUAUAAGUAGGGGAUAAAAUUGAAGUGUAAGAGACAGCAAAAAAGCAAGGGAGAAUGAAUGCUGAUGAGGAAGACUUACCAAUCUGGGUAACAGAUCUAGGCUGAAGUCCUGUAUUAGCUUACUUGAGAGUAAGCCCAUUGAAUUGAGUGGGACUUAUUUCUGAGUACACACGUAUAGGAUUUCGCCGUUAACUAGGAUUGUAUAGUAUUUAUCCAAUCUUACAUAUUGCUCCAGUCUUGUAUAAAACAAGAUAGUAAAUACUUGACUAUUUAUUUUUGGUAAAACUUUGGCAGUAAUGUUGUUUGUAGCGUUUAAGCAAUGGCUAAACCAUUGUUAUGAUUUAGACAGGAAGACUUUAGCACUAAGUCAGUCUUCUUUACAGCCAUAUAACAUUUAUUGCUGGUGUUUAGUUGUAAGCAGUCUCAGCCGCUCUUUAUUUACAUUUCAGGGACUUAACUCUACUUCCAAAAAGCACAGAAAAGCAAUACUGAAGACAACCCAUUGGCCUUGUUAUUUCAGCACUGCACUAGGAAAAUCUAGCCUUCGGUGUGGAACAUAGAAUAUGUCAAGCCAGUUUGGGAAUACUGUUAGUUCUUUCUGCGUCAUGUGUAAAUUGCCCAAUCACUGUGUGAGAGGAGAAAAGGGGAUUUCCGGACUUACUUGAAAGAAAUUUUAAAGUAAAUUAAUUAAACACUCAGGUUUUUUUUCUAUUUCUUUUGGUAAUCAAAUUUAGUAACUGCUGUUAAAGCUGUUUCAUGCUCAUUUCCCAUUGCAGGUGUAACUUAUGCAUGAAAGAGUAUUCAUCUUUGUAGGUAAAGGAAACACACCUUUGGGGAGGGGGGUGUUUAUGAAAUGGGACAAGAGUAACUUGUCUCGUGGUCAUUUUGCUUAGACUCCCAUGUGAGUCCAGAGUUUAUUAUUUAAAACGCAACGAACCUGAAUGGUGGGAGAAUAAGGAUGGAUGAAAAGAAGUGCUUUUUCACACGGCUGGUAGGUAAACUAUGGAAUCUGUUAGCUCAAGACACGGUGAUGAUUACCACCAACCGGGUCAGUUUAAAAGGGGCUUAGACUCAAGGAGGUGAAAGCUAUCAAUGGCUACCAAUCAUGAUGGCUGUGUACUACCUCCAGGGUCAGAGGCUGCACCCCUCUGAAUAUCAGUUAUUUUAUUUAUUAUAUUUUAUGUAUUUGUUGUUUUCCACAGAAGUGUUUCAAAGUGGCUUUACAAUGUGCUGUAAAAACAACAUUAACAUAACGCAGGGGUCAGCAGCCUAAGGCCCAUGGGCCACAAGCAGCCCAUGGGGGUCGUUUAACCGGCCCCUGGACCCCUGCCAGCCGCUCGGUCAGCUCCCGUGCGCCCCGCUAAACUGGCGCAGAGCAGAGCGGGGACCGCCUUCCGCUACUCUGUCCGGCUUCCCAUUGGCUGCAGGAAGCUCCUGCAGCCAAUGAGAAGUUGCACAUGCCUCCUCUGCACUGGAAGGAGCACUGGAAAUAGUGUUUGCACAUGUCUGUGCGCGCACUCUGGCCCACUUUGGCUUCUGCGGGACUAUGAACCAGCCUAAGCGACAAAAACCUUGCCGACCCCUGACAUAAAGUGUAAGAACAAAUAAAAAUAAACACAGUAAGGCUUCUGUCCCUAACCCGACUUACCUGGGAGGAAGCCUUAAGCACUGCUCACAUGCUUUCAAGCCUAUCUGUACAGCUUAUAAAGGCUAGAAUUCGAUCUACAUUUCUUCAUUCUUUUUUAAAAUGAACCCUGAGAUUCUUGAGAUGCUGGAAUACGCGUGGAGCUGGCCAAUAAGACAUCUUGUUUCUAUUCUUUUUUUUUAUUAUGUAUUCUGAGUUGAUCAUGGUGCUGAAUUCUGUGCCCCAUGCAAAAUGACCAGUGUGACCCUGCCAGCCCCUUUGCUGGGUUCCUUUGAGACUUUUUAUGAUUCUGCAUCAAUAAAACCCCACCCUUGGUUCCUGAGGAUCAGUAGUGGAAGGGAAUUGUUGCAGUUGAGGUCCCCGCUUGUUGACUUCUCAUAGGCCUCUGGUUGGUCACUGUGGUAAACAGAUUGCACACUGGGGCAAAAUAAAUCUUAAUUUCACACAUACACUCAUGAGCGUCUGAACUGUUGGAGCACAACCUUGGGGUUGUAGUGGACAGCUUGAGGAAGAUGUUGGUCCAGUGGCCCCGUUGAACACAGUAUGUCUUCUUUUGAGUAAACCUGUUUUGCAGUGCAAUCCUACAAAAUAAUUUGAAGUUUUUCAUCUUUAACAGCAUUGCCAUGGCAACCUUAAAUAGUCCUCAGUUCUUAAACUAUUUUGCUUGGCAGUUUGAUUUUUGUUAACAGUGUUAAAAUCCUUCCUACACUUUUGUAAAUGAGAUAACUACAAAAGUAGCAUUGCCUAGAACAAGGAACUAAAGUUCUGUGCCAGUUCUGAGAACUCUAUUAGAUAUGUGGCAAGAACUUUAGUUCCUCAUGAGGAAAUGAUCGCAAUGAAAACACAGUUUUGGUUUCUUGUGAAGGCAUGCCUUAAUGUUGCACUCCUUCACCCUCUAUCAGAAACUGCAUUUAUUAUUAUUUUAAUGUUACCUGUAUGAAUUAGGGUGGUUUAAGGCAAAAAUGAUCUGCUAGGGGGUAAGUCUGGUCCCCAGCAUCACCACAAAAUUUUGUCAAGGUGUGGCAGAAAUUCCUUAUAGUGUUGCUCUUAAGGAAGACAGGAUAAAUAUUACAAGUUUGAAAAAAAUAAAUGAAAAUAUAGUUAGAUAAAUAUCAUUUAUAAUUUUUUUUAAAAGGCAUUUUGUUCUAGAAUACAUUUCUCCUUGAAUUCUCUACUGUGGUUCCAACUUUAUUAUGAAGUCAAACCGCUUUUAAGCUGAUCAACUGAUGUGACAAAAUAUGGUUCUUGAAUGAUUGUCAGGAGGGUAGAAUGGAUAUUAGAAGUUGGCUUCUUGUGGUUUAAGAUAAAUGGAAGACAGAAACGAUUGGUCUGAAUAUCUUCCAGUUCUUGUUUGUCUCUUGUCACUAGAUAUUUGAUGCUGGUGCAUGGGCGCAUUUAAAACUUUUAUGGGUAACUGGAUCUUGAGAAGCUGAUGAAAUGCCUACGUUUGAGGGACAAGGAAAGACUAUUCCAAUAGCGGGGUCAGUUUUGUCCAAACCUUUUUGCCUAGGAAACUUCCUAGCUUAUUUAUUUUGGAUUUCAUAAAAUUUAUACAACACUUGAUUGUAAAAGCGAAACGGAACACCCCUCUCAAAGCAGUUUAAAAACCUCAAAGUGUUUUUUAGCUGACUCCUGACAGCAAAAACUGUCUUGAUUCCUUAUGCUGCAUUUUGAUCCCCAAUAUCGCUAACAUCCACUAGUCAUCCUGACUGUAAAGUUUAAAAAGCAGAAGCAUGAAUAAACCAGAUAACUAAGUAAGACUGCUGCAGUGUGUGUCUGUGGGGAAGCUACUAAUUGUGGUUUGUUGGUGUCGUUGUCGGCUGGAGGAAACAUUGAGUGAUGUUCCGUACUUUUCGCUUUGGUGGUUGAAUGAAUCUCUGCUUGGAUAAUUAUUUGCUCCUUUUUCAUACAAAAAAGCUAUUUACAGCUUCUCAGUAAGCAACAACUUAUUUUUGUCAGAUAGAAAAUCAACCAUCGGGUUCUCUUGAGCCACUGAGCAAACACCAGUCAGACACCAAAUGAUCAGCUCUGGUUUCAGUGCUUGAAGUUACUUGUAGUAGAAGUCUUAAAGUUCAUAUAUAUAUGGCACACUUUUGCAGAAACAUUGACACACCCUUUCUGUGGCCAUGCCCCUUGAGGAAGUGGUGAAUAUGUGUACAAUAAGAUCACAAAACAGUACCAAAAAAAAAGUGAUAGGCUGUUGCUUGUAGGGCCUGUAUUAUGGUCAGGGACUGGACUGAGGAGGAAUGGUGGGAAUCGCGUGCCCCCCUUUAUCUGAACUUUCACAAGGGCAGAAGGACAGUAUUGAAUUAGAACAGUGGUUUGCAGAGGGACGUAGUCCAGAGGGGAAAAGCUGGGAAAUACUGGGUGAGGAGCAGCUAGAAGAAACAACACCAGGAGAGAGACAGCUGGCAGAUUCACUGUCCUUGGAAAGCAUUCCUGACCCCCCCCCCACCAUCGCCUAAGACUAGAAGGGCUCUGAGAGUGAUAGAACAGAAAGCGCAGCGGCAACAGGCUCAGAUUACCUGACAUAGGAGUGGCAUAGAUCAGGGGUCAGCAAACUUUUUCAGCAGGGGGCCGGUCCACUGUCCCUCAGACCUUGUGGAGGGCUGGACUAUAUUUUGAAAAAAUAAUAAUGAACAAAUUCCUAUGCCCCACAAAUAAACCAGAGAUGCAUUUUAAAUAAAAGAACACAUUCUACUCAUGUAAAAAUACGCUGAUUCCCAGUCUGUCCACGGGCCGGAUUUAGAAGGCAAUUGGGCCUGAUCCUGCCCCCAGGCCUUAGUUUGCCUACCUAUGACGUAGAUUAAUGAGGAUGGAGGGGGUGGACCUUUACUGGGAGCAACGCCAUUUCUAGAGAGAGAGGCAUUCCUUUGUCUCUCGCUGUGAUUAUUAAAGAAACUAUCUGUAAGAACGCUCCUUUUGUUUGAUCUGCUAAUUUACUGCCACCGCGGGAGGGAUCCAGUUCCCCGAAGCCUGACAGUUAUUCUGUUUUUUGAGCCCCUUUCAAGUGGGUUGUCUGCCACAGCAUGUAAAGCUAUACCUGUGUAUGAAUGGAGUGCGCCUGGUGUGUGUGUGGGAGCUUUAGAUUAUUCCCUUUUUGUGCAGAUUUUGUUUAGCGUGUGGACGCUGCACAAUGCUAUGCAGCAUGUGGGAUUGGCCUUGGAAGACCCUGCUUAUGAGUCUGGCAUUGGUGGGCACAGAGAAUAAGCCUUUUCCAUAGUAGUUUCAUGCUUGUGGAAUUCUCUCCUAGUGAGGAGGAGAUGAUGAUGAUGAUAUUUACAUGCCACCCUGGGCGGCUCUAAACAAAGUAUUAAAAGCACAGUAAAACAUCAACCUUUAAAAACUUCCCUAAAUAGGGCUGCCAAUAAUAAUAAUAAUUUUGUGUAGCCCCUACUUGAACAUAUUCUGUAAGCUUCUGGGGGGGAAAAUUCAAACUGCCUUUGGCUGAUUAAUAUUCCACAGCCUUUUAAAUGUGUUUGUGGGAGGGGGUUUAUUGUUUUGUUGAUUUUCUUUCACUAUUUAUUUGUGCUUUUACCUUGUGCUUUUUUCCUGUGAACCGCCCUAAGAUCUUGUGAUGAACGGUGGCAUAUAAACUACAGAACACCACAUUAUUAUCAUUUAUUAGGUUUAACUGCUGCUAUUUUUAAUGGUGUGCAGUUUUAGGUUUAUAUAUCUUGCCGGUAUUGCUCCACUGAAUUGUGUCUUGAAUUUUGUCUUGAAAGGUAGCAUAUAGGUUUUCUAAAAAAAAAAUAGUGGUUCCCUGCAAAGCUGUGCUGAUUGGCAUGAUUUCCAAGGAUGAUUUAGCACAUGUGUAUGCCUGUUGAGUCAAUAUAGCUGCCUGCCUGCCUGCUUCCCAUGGUUUGUUCUGACAGGCCUAUCGGCACAACACUUACUUGAACUGAUUUGCUUCCAUUUCUCUUUUCGCUGCAGGUCCUCAGUAUGCACUUUGCUGGCGAUAUCACACCCACAAUAGACCAAUGCACAGAAGCUUGCACGCUUCAUAUAAGGGUUAGGUAAGUGUGAAUCUUUUCGCCAAUAUUGUAUUUUUUUCGCCUGCCUCAAUAUUCUUAUUUUAUACUUGGGUCUUAUAAAAUAAGAAUAUUUUAAAGGAAAACAUGCCAUAUUGAACAGCAACAAAGACCGUCGUCUUGUGUCCGUGAACAGGCUUUUCUGUCAAUUAUCCGGAGGGAUAUGAUGUCGCCAGCAGAGUGCAUCUGGGCUUGGACUGGCCAAUCACUUGACAGCUGAAGGUUAUGCCGGGCUGUCACUUUUCCUGGAUCUUUUUUUUGGGGGGAAAGAAUUUUUUGGGGGUUGGGAAAGGUAAGUAGCUAUUCUGAAAUGUUGCUGGAACAUCAAGCUGCUAGCAGUUCGUCUCUCUGCUGGCAAUUACUUUGCUUUGCAUAUGUUUGUAAUGUGUAUAUAGUUUGAAUGUAAUACAGUAUCCUGAUCCAAGGACAUGGAAUAGAAUUAGAAACUCAGUGCAAAAGGCAGGAUUCCCAGUCCUCUAACAUGCAUAAUAGGAACAGGUAGGCACCUGCAAGAGAGAGAGAGAGAGAGAGAGAGAGAGAGGAAAGGUAGAAGAAAGAGUGGUUAACCAUUCUUCUACCACCUGGCUUUCCUCUGCAACAUUACCUUUCUUUCCAGGAUAUGUUUCCUUAUUUGUCUAGAAAAUCCAGUCCUGCAAUCAGGUUUGGGAGGAAAUGGUGGGAUGGGAGGGGUUGGCAAGGGAAAAUUGGUGGAUGGCAGGAAGCUUAAGAGCUCUCUGCCUAUACAAUGCUGCAGAUUCUCCCACCCACACCCUGCUAUUGCUGCUUUGCAUGUUUGAGGCAGGUGCACGAUGGGGAAUUCUUCACUGGUUGCCAAAUCAUCUAGCCCAUGUCUCCAUUUAGCUGGAGUAUGGACUUGUGCAACUUCUUUUUCUUGAGAAAUGUGUCAUCAGCAUUCAAAGCCUGGGGGAGUUUCAGCAGCAGCUUGGGACAUGGAGUAUGGUGUUGGCAUGCGCAAAGUCAGAGAUCCGACCUAGAGACUGGCAUAACUGGAAAUCGGCGAGAGGAUAUGUAAGCUUGGCCAAGGAUGGGAAACUUGUGGCUUUUCUAGAUGUUGCUAGACUCCCGAGUACUGAAAUAUACGCCGUAGCCAGUGUUCGAAUUUCGCCAGGCGUAUUUUGCACCUGGAUGUCAGCCACUUGCGACCAAGUGAAGAUGACCAGGUGCCAGGAUGAUACAUAACGUCUCCACCGUCUGGAGGUGCAUGCCUGGAGAUCCUUGGAUCUUGACUAUUUUCACACACUAGCAACACGUCCUGUAGAAUUCUACCCGUUGUAUUUAUCUGCACAAUCAGAAUGAAUUUCAGGAGCCAAAAGGACAAAUUGAAAAAUUCGACUUUGGAGCCGUCUGCCCAAAAAUGGAAACUAGGCAUUCCAUUUUGGCGACUGUAACCCUGGUUUAAGGAGCCAUUUGAUGCCUAGCUUAAAUAUCUCAGUUUCUAACACUGACUGCAGCAUGUCACUAAGCAGCCCUGUCUUUCUUUUGGAAUCGGUUUGUGACAGAUCGACCAAAACUUUUGCAGCUAUUGGAUUGCAACAAUCACCUGUCAGAAACCUUUGACGAAUAGUUGGGGGGAGGGGGGUAAAGGCAGGAAGAAGAGACCACUUAAAUGCAGAAGUAACUGGCGUCUUAUUACCAGUGAAAUUAUGGCGUUUACAUUCCCACCCCAGCCCAGCCAGAGCACUGGCUAUUUUAAGAGUGCUAGUACAGGAAACAUCUCUAGAGUGCUGCUCUGAAUGGCUGCUUUUCAUUGGUUCCAUUUGGCCAUCUAGGGAAAGAAAGCUUCCAUUGAUGUGAAGAGCAUCUGUGAAGGAUGAAGUGCAAGUAGGAAUGAUGGACUCUGGCGCUAAUGAAAGGACAAAUUGUCUUGUUGGGCAUUUUCAUUGGCAAUAUCUUGGAGUGUGCGUAUAGGCAUAAAGUGUUGAUGAUGAUCUUGGAAACCAUUUGAUACAAUAAGGAAUAAUUUUGGUGCAUUUUGGAGUUGUUUUUUAAUUUUGCAAGGAAGGGAAAGCCAACUCAGUGUUAGGGUGUGCAUGGUAUUAUAUCCCCACCCCCACCCCAUUUCCACUGAUUUUUGCCAUUUAGAUGGCACAUGUAAAGCUACAAAUAGAUUUUGGCUGGUUUCCUAGGAACUGUGUGAAAUGCAACAUAAAUAAGGUCUGCACAAAGCAGAACAUGUUAUGAAACAGUUAUGAAUCCUAAUACGUGGUACAGAUUGAAGCUACGAUGUGUAUUGGAGAAAACAAAUAAACUUUUUUAUUUGUUUCUAUUUUCAUAAGCAGUUAGGAAAGAAAUACUAGUUAUUAUUCCCCCUCUUUCAGUCUGUGUUAGCCAGAUGGAAGCAUAUAGUAACAGUUGUGUGUACAGAGUUGCUAUUUCUGUCUCUUAGCGUUACUAGAACAACAGCAUUUCCCCCAUUUUGGAGACUGACACAGGAAAAGGCUUGAAAAUACUGAAAACAACUCUGUGUACAGUGACAGUAAGACGGUAACCAACUUUUAUGAAGCCAUCUUUGGUGCAGCCUUUUUUAAAAAUACAGUGGUACCUCUGGUUACGAACUUAAUUCGUCCCGGAGGUCCGUUCUUAACCUGAGGUACCACUUUAGCUAAUGGGGCCUCCUGCUGCCGCCAUGCCACCGGCGCACAAUUUCUGUUCUCAUCCUGAGGUAAAGUUUUUAAGCCAAGGUUCUACUUCCGGGUUAGCGGAGUCUGUAACCCAAAGUGUUUGUAACCUGAGGUGUUUGUAACCCGAGGUACCACUGUACUGUGUAUGGAUGGUAUCUCUCAAAAAAAGCAUCAAGAGGUUUGAGUAUCUUGGGUACAUCUGAAGACUUCUUCGUUUUUGUCAGCCUGGUGACUAACAGCUUGCAAGCAAUGUGCAAAAGAGUGGCUAGAGCGACUUCCCUUUGUCUUUCCUCUCUGCCAAGAUCAGAAUCUUAAGCCAUUGCAUGGCCUUAACCGGCAAGAGCAAAAGCGCUGUUUCAUUCAGUGAGAACUUGCAGAAUUCACUGCCACCAGUUAUGGUGGGGUGACCACCAUACUUAAAUGGCCUUAAAGGGGAAUUAUAUUCUGGUCCUGGGUGGGGUUGUACUAAACAUGCCGUUUUGAGGGAGUGCUCCUGGACUUGGUGCCAUCUGUGGAGCUGCAGAUAAUGUCAGUGGCCGAAAGUUCAACUGUGGUGUUAUCUUUCUUCAGUGGUACAUGCUUUGGUAACAUCCUGACUAGAUUACUGAAGUGCACCCUGUACGGGCCUGCCCUUGAAGACUGUUUGGACACUUUAAUUGGAACACAAUGUGGCAGCUAGAACAUUUGUUAGGAGCUAGGCAUUACAAGAAUAUUACAGCUAUUCUACAUCAGUUAUAUGGGUCCUGGACCAUUUUAAGGUGCUAUUAGUCUGAAGCACUGCCUCAUCUGUAACAUUGGCAUCUCAGGCCCUGUUCUCAGUUCCACCAAUGAGUUCUGUCAGAUUGGCAGCUACAAGGGACAGAGCUGUCUCUGUGAUGGCCUGUCACUCAUGCAACACGCUCCCUGGAGAUCUAUGUAUGACUACCUCCUCGGUGUUGUGCUUUCAUUAUUAUUUCAGCCUGUAUAUGGAUAAUUUUUUGGAGCAGAGUCUUAGCAAAUGUGCAUCUGUUGCUAUUUGUUUUAUUUAUUUGAAGCAUGUCUGAGCCGCUUAAUAUUUUAAAAUCUCUGAUGCAGUAUUUAAUCAUACAACAGAAAAACAGUGAAGCAGCACCGUAAAAAACAGAUGCCACGUUAGAAACCAGUAAAGCAUUGCUAUUAUUAUAGGACCCUGGCCCAGUCCAGUAACGUAACUAGACUAAUUUCAUAUAACACAUUGUUUUGGUUUGAGUUAAGAUUGUUUACUAUUUUCAACUACACCCACAGAGCACCUACUGUUAAAAUAGCAUUAUUUUAACUAUGAUUAUAACGCUGGAAGUGCCUUGUAAGUGACUGACACACUCUCUUGGGAGAACAAGCUCCAUUUAUGCAAUGGUGGUGACAGAUUUAGGUUAUGUUAUGUCUGCAUACAUAUAGAUGCAAUUUGGUAGAGCCUAUUAAAUACAGGUCAGUGGUCCCUUGCAUAUUUCCUAUUGGGUAAGCUAGUUUAGGACAUCUGGACAAAAGUUUCCAUACUGUUAUAUCUUUUGUGUGAUUGAGAGAUAUACUGGCAGGCAGAAAUCAAGGAAAAUAUAAAUCCUGUUCUGCUCAACAAUGAUGCCUGAUGCUCUUUUAGAUAUUUUGUCAAGGGAACGGAAAUGAGCUUCUUCUGCUGUAGCAGACCAAAUCUGACAUGAAUUCAUACCUCAUGUUGACAUAUUAUUAUGAUCCGUUGGCUUCCAGACUCAAACUGUGGCACUGGUACUGGUGGUAUUAUAGUAAACAAUGUCUUACUUCAUAAAAUAUGGAUCAGAGAGACAUCUAGGAAGAUGGAUGUUUUUUGUUUUAAUUUUGUACAGCAUCCCCCACACGUGCCAUCUCAAUUAUCCAAAUUCUAGAAACAAUUUUCUGAGGCACUAUGGGAAAGCUGGUUCUUUUUUUAAAGGAUCCCUCCCCCUCAUUGCUUGUACACAUGAGGAAAGGGACUUUCCGAAGUAGAGCUGCUAAUAUUAGACUACUUAAGCAAGUUCUCCUAUUCUAAAAGCUCCUGUUUCAAGAGUCGGUUAUUUGAAAUAAAUGAAGUUUAAGUUAGAAGUUUUUUAAUGGUUGGAUGAGGACCAGAGGAAGCCCUACACAGUCAUGAAGCUUAAAGUACAAUUUCAGCUGGGUAGCAUGUGGUUUUAUGGUAGAUUAUUAUUAUUAGUUGGAAAAUCUGAAUUAAAUGGCCGGGGAUUGGGGGGGGCAGGCUGCCACUUGGAUGAGGACAACGUCUUGUGGACCACAUGAGAUGCACUGAAUCCACUUUAAGCUGCUGCAUGUACGCAGCUUGAAGUAGUUGGCAGCACUUCAGGGGAUUGUGGUGCUGUUUGUGCCAUAGCAAUGGCAUGAUUGCCUGAGUCAUACACCAAAAUAGACCCUAGAUUCACACAUCAGUAUAGCCCUAUUGACAUUGAAUGUUGAACAUGUGAUGAAGAGAGCAGGGUCCUUCCUUCUUGCUGUCCUCAUCCAUUCUGUUCCAAUUACUCACUCUUUGCUCACUUUACUAGGGAGGGUGGUGGUCUGUGGGGGAGCCUGCUGUUUCAGUCAAAAGAUUCUAGAGCCUUUUCAUGUUCCAAAGUUUAAAGCUUGGAGAUAAAGCAGAAUCCUUAUCUCUAGCAAACAGCUUUCCUUGAGUCACCGCAACUCUGCAAAAUCUGAAGGCCAGGAAAAUGGAAUGUCUUCUUUUCUCCCACCAUUGCCGCCACUAAGUCUUGUGACGUUCCAAUUGUGUUUUAACUCCCUAUUAAAAGACAUUGCUUCUGUUUCCUCAAGCUUUUUUUUCUUGCUUCACAUUCAUCUUUUUCUCUCUUUUUUCUACAAUGAUAGGUUGAAAAAUGACUACAUGUUGCAAAGGAGGAAUGGCACAAGGCCAUUGUAGUGGAUGGCUUGGACCAGGGAGACAUGGGUUCAAAUCUCUGCUAAGCUUUGAAACUUUCUGGUUGAGCUUUGGUCAGUCACCACCUCACGUACAUAACAAGGGUCUUGUAAUUAGACAUGUGGACAGGGAGCUAUGUAAAUUUCCCCGAGCUCCAUGGAAGACCUCUGAUCAAUUCAAAGAUUCGUGGACUGGCACAGGCACCAACACCAGUAAACAUACCCAUUCGUGUGUCAUGUGAAUUGAGCUUCUGCCCACUCACAGGCAUGUGAAUACUGCCAAUGGUGUAGUACUAAUGAUUCCGUGCUUCAGCGGUAGCCAAAUGUGUUGCCCUUUGGAUGUUGUUGAACUCUCAGUACCCUAGUCAUCAUAGCCAAUGGUCAGAGAUGAUGGAAGUUGUAGUCUGCUGUCAUCAGGAGAGAACCGAAGUCCUAUCUAAGUAUUUUAUUGAAGUUGAGAAAUAGGUAACAGCUUUGCGGAUGCUUACCAGUGAACAUCAGCUUACUGUGCUGAACACCUCAAGAAGAUGUUGAGAUAGUCAUUGGGAAUCUACAGGUGGUUAUGGGGAACCUGCUGUUUUUAUAUAAUAACAGGACUUUUGCCUAUUGCUAAAGUCCUUUUCUCUUCCAUACUAGUGGAAGAGAAGUGUGAUACCACAAGACACUGUUUGCCCCACAAACCUACACCGAUGAUUACAACAGCUUCUUUUACCCAAGGAAUUUUUAGUCCUGUGUGAUGGCUUGAGAGCUUGACAGUUCUUGGUUAUGCAUGCAUUUCACAUAGACCAGUGGUGUAGCAUCUGCUCAACCCAGGUUGGUUCAAGGUAGGACUGGGAGAGACCCUUAUCCAAAACCCUGCAGAGCCAUUGCUGGUCAAUAGAGACAAUACUGAGCUGAAUGGACCAGUUGGGCUGACACAGUAUAAGGCAGCUUCUUAGGUAGGUAACUUUGGAGAAAGCCAUGAUUUGUUGUGUAGAUGCUCUGUCAGUCACAAUCCUUUGCUUCUUUUUGAAUGGAACAAGAGUCCUUUGUUCAUUCUCACCCGUGUACUUAAACGAUUUUGCAAACAGGGGAUAUAAGACAGUUUGAUUAAUCACUUGCAUGUUUCACUAUCCAGUUGUCCUUGUCUCUCCUUUCUUCUCCUCUCCCCAUUUGAAAAUGUGUGUGGGUACAGCGAAGGCCUGCUAAACAGGUGAGUCAUAAACUUGAACAAACCGACUGUGUUGUAUAAAGGAGGAAGAAACAAAAUUUCCUCUCACUGAAUUAUCUUUGCAGCUGGCUGACAUGGCCAAGGAUUCUGGCACGGCCAACCACAAAUAUUUUUAAAAUAGGCACCAGCCCCUGCAUCGUGGGAUGGGUUUAGAAGCAAAACACAUUGUUGCACUUCCAUGUGACGUCUGUUUUUUGUCUCAACACCUGUGCUUCAAGCAUACUUAAUCUUGGUCAUAGUAAGGACUAGAACAGUAUUUCUCACGCUGCUGAGAUGCUUGAUUUCAACAUACUAGCAAUGUUUCUGGAGCCACAAGCGAUCCCCAAACUUGAAAUCGUGCAUCCGUGGCUCAGUCUCCCCUUUGAAAGUAUAACUUGUGUUCCAGCUUAGUGUCUGUAUAAGCUAUUACCUAAUUAUUAGGCUGUGUGCUUGAUUAUUUUUAGAGGCAGAGCUUUCCUGGAUUUAUGCUUGCUGUUAAUUUGUGUUAGCAGUUUAGCUAGAAAGUGGAGCAAGAUUGCACAACACUUGCCUUCAGCAAUCCUUAAUUUAGCCGCAAUGUGCAUUGAAUUUUUAUUUUAUUUUAUUUUUGCCUGUGGCAUUUUGGUUUUUGCUAUGUAUUCAGAAUUAAUUUUUAAGUUGCAGGGAAGAUGCAUGCCCUUUGCAGUAGGCCUUUGAAUCUUCGUGUGUGUGUGUGUAUCUUGUUAGGCUUCUUCUUGUUGUUUAGUCGUUUAGUCGUGUCCGACUCUUCGUGACCCCAUGGACCAGAGCACGCCAGGCAUUCCUGUCUUCCACUGCCUCCCGCAGUUUGGUCAAACUCAUGUUGGUAGCUUUUUCGCUUGGUUAUUUGUAAUGUGUCAUCAUGUAACACGUUCUAGAUGCUAAAUUUUCUGGGGCAAGAGGGACUCGCCAUCUCAAGAGUCAAUAUUAACAUGCAAAUACAGUGAGGUUGUUUACUGUCUGAUCGGAGCAGGUGCGUCAUGCUCAGAAUAACAAAAUUCAUUGUAGGCACUUUGAAAAUAGUCAAAGUUUAAGAAAUGGGCAAGGAUGUACUUGUGACGUUUCUAUUUGUGUGUAACUGUAUUGUGUAGCAAGUACAAACGCACCAGACUACGCAUUCAUUUGUAUUUUAGUUUCCUCUCCCCCAAGUUGGCAAGACUUGUCUGACAGUAGCAAAAAACCCGAGCUUUUGUUGUCUUCAGCCCAGUCCUGAGGAAUAUUCUGCCAGUAGAAGUUCAGCAGGCGCCUUCUGCUUUAACCUUGAAACAUUCACUGAAAACUUUUCCUUUGUUGUUGGAGAUAUCUUAUCAAAGGACAAAUCCAUUAGCCCAAGUAGGCAGAACACACCCAACUCUCGGUUAGUACUGAAUCCUGCUCUGUUUGCAGUAGUUCUUUACAACUGAACUAAAGUAAGAUUGAGGCUGGACUGGUGGCAUGUUGGGUCAAUGGCUAUUGGAAUAGGUGGAAGAGUAAGAGAAGCUUAGGAAAAUCAAACAACCCUACUUCUCAAAAUGUGUUUUUAAUAGCUCGUUGUGGUGUAUAGACUGUGGCCAGUGAAUCACACUUCCAUAAGUCAGAUUAUCCUAUGUUUUUGGGUGUUUAUUCAGUAACACAAAAUAAGAGCUGGUGAUCAUGUUUCAGAGUUGCUGUGACUUAUUACUCUUCUUGAUUAUCUGAUUGUUUUUAUGUGCUAUGUUCCUCCUUUGCUAUUUCUAUCUUCCUGUCUUCCUCUCUUUACACCUGUGAUACCUUCAGCAGAUGGCUCAUUUUUCUUAAGGUAUCUUUUAGUGAAAUAAAUAAGAGGCCCAUACUUAUAUUUAGGCUUGUUUUUGUUGCAUUAUGUACCCUUUUUAUGGGGUGGACAAUCUUACUUGAUGGCUAGCUUCAUUUUAUUAUAUUUCAUUGUUUUGAUGCCAUAAAUAGUCUGGGAGCAUCCAAGGAUGCAGCAUACAGUAUCUGAAAUUAAGCAGGUAUGGUCCUAGUGUGACCCUGGAUGAGAGACCUCACCUCAGGAGACAAUAGUGUGUGUGUGUGUGUGUACCUUUCCAAACAGCUAUUUAAAUCAGUCAGUAGAGGAUGAGACUCUUAAUCUCAAGGUUGUGAGUUGGAGACCCAUGUUGGGCAAUAGAUUCCUGCAUUGCAGGGGGUUGGACUAGACUGCCCUCAUGAUCCCUUCCAACUCUACAGUUCUUCUAAAUGUUAGGUGGGCAGAGGUGGGUUUGGGCUAUACUGAUAGAUUGCUAGCUGACUUGCUGUGGGUUGACAGGAGUUUCUCACUCCUGUUUGUUCGACAACAAGAAGGUUCUGCUCUCCCUCCCUGCUAAAUGAAAGCAUUAUAAUCUCUGAUCUGUAAUAGAUUUGUACUUCUAGAAUCGGGUCAUGCUGGUGUUCAGUAGGUAACUGGUUCUGACUUCUAAGCUGCCACUUUGCAUCCAACUCCCAUUUGAUGGAUUUCAGUGGUUCUAGUAAAAAUCAAAGAAGGUCCUAUAAGCCUGAGGUGUUCUCAGUGCUUUUGUUGUCAUAGUACUCACCAAUGUGAAGUACCAUCACCUUUUUCUUCUUCUUUUAACUGCCAUUGGCAGCCAUUUUGUGCUGCCACCCGCAGCAGAUAUGAGUUAUAGUACCUCAUUUUUAACUCCCCCUCCCAAAAAAAAGCAUCAGUACAGAGAAUACUUCUCUAGUUGGGCCACAGGUCUGAGGAAAUAUAAAAAUCCCUUUAGAAGAACAAUGUGCUCGUACUCAAUUGCCUGCUUCUUUUUCUUUGUGCAUGUUUAAUAUUAAAGCUAAGUGUUCUUACAGUGUGCCAAGCACACAUUGUACCUUUGCAUUAGCUACGUAAUCAGUCAUGUGUCCAUCUUUAAAAAACAUGGUCAGCUCUAAAAUCAACAACAACCUGUUGACAUCUGUAUAUGCCUGAUAGGAUAUAAAACUCAAGACGUAACAUCUUCUCUUUCAGGGCUCAUUGUUGGAGUGAUCUUGAGAUAUGGCAUACCUCCCACCAGUGGUCAUGAUAAACCGUUAAGCUGUUCCCAGGAGGACCGGGCUUACACAACUUUGUUGGUCAAUAUCAGCGGGAAAUUCUUUGAAUACACCUUAAAAGGAGAAAUAAGUCCUGGAAAAAUACACAAUGUGGAACAGAAUGACAUGUUGCGAAAAGUGAGAGCUACCUUUUUGUUAACUGUGGCUGUUUAUGAAUGCAUUUAUUUUUGUGCUGCCCUGUUUUCGCAAGUCUCUUUCAGAUCUCAGUACGUGUGAUAAUAUGUGAUACUUUCAUUGUAAGGUUCUGUACUUUGCAAUGUUGUUCAGAUGUGGUAAGGAGAUCCAUUCAUCUGGAUUCCCUUACCCUUAGCAUUUAAGAACUUAUGCUUACUGGUUCCUCCAAGACAGUUUGGUAGUUCUGAGAAACAUCAAACCAUUGACACUGGACUAUCCAGAAUAAACAUUCCCCAUUCUUCCUCACCCUGGUCCUGUAAAGUAGGUUGCUGGUCUCAGUGCAGUGUGGAGCAGUGUGGAGCAGAAUAUCUUGUUGCCCAAGGUUACUUACUCAAUUCCUUAGAACCUAGAUUUUUGUUGUUGUUUUUUUUUUUUUGUUCAGCCUGCUGAUUUUAAAGCAGCCCUUCACAUUCUUAGGUCCCUCAGAACUUGCCACACCCCCAACUACCAUGUCUUAUUAUGACCAGGGAUGGCUGGAGUUGUAGUCUGACAACAUCUGAGGACCUAAGGUUGGGAAAGACUGCUUUGAAGGUCUGUGAAGGACAACCAAGCUAGUAUCUUUGCCUCUUCUGGAACACCUAUAUGACCACUUUAUUAUGUGCCAAAUAUAAUCCUGGUUAGAAAACAAACAAACAAAUAAAUGUCAUGAGAGUGAUGGUUUUCUGAAUGAACCCUAGACCAUGGAACACUUAAAAAGAAAAAGAAAAACCUCUCUGCAGGAAACUGAGCAUGUUGAUAGCUUAUUGGAAUGAACCUGUGUUCCCUGAUCUCUAGGAAAUGAUUGGUUUAAUAUAAUGGCGAGAGAUCGGCAUAGGAAAUCUGUGGGCAGACUGCAGAUGUUUUAAGGAUAGCCACCUAGAAACAUUGUCUUACAGCUGUUUUUUCUGUGUUUUCUUUAAAGGUAACAUUUGAUCCAGAAGUGUUUUUCAACAUCCUCCUGCCUCCCAUUAUUUUUCAUGCUGGCUAUAGUUUGAAAAAGGUAAGCCUGAAACAUUUUCUGAACAAUAUUGCUCUGCCGGUGUGGACUUUGGUCCCGAGAGUAGAAUACUCAGCUGUUAAAAUCUGCCGUAUUUUGAGGCAGAGUUAAGUAACUCCUACUGGCUUGAAUCCAGUGGACCAUUCAAGCAAGACCAUUCCUGCAGCAGCAGAGCAUCUAUUCUUCCUCCACAAAUGCUGAACUGUAGAUUUUCAUUCUGUGCUGUAGGUUGUUCCUAUAGGUCCCCCCAAGAGAUUUGUGAAGUUUGUUAGGUUGCAUGGAGGAAGGCUGCCUGCAGGGAGCCUUUGUUCUAUGCCAGGGAUGUCCAAGAGGUAGAUCAUGAUCUACUGGUAGAUCACGGUGUGUCCAUGGUAGAUCUUGCCCCCCCCCCCCGAAAGCUCAAGAACUUUGGCUCCCUGAAAAAAAGCUCAGCUUUGGUAGAUCACCGCCAGGUUUUUUAUAGUGGGAGUAGAUCUCAGUCUCUUGAAAGUUGGACAUGCCUGUUCUAUGCCACGUAGUUUGCAUAAUACUCCCUGUUCAGCCUUUGGCAUAAAGGCCUGUCUCUAAUUGAUAGGCCUAUAGGGUUGUGCACCAAAAAAAUGCACCAGACAGACCUAUCUGAGGAUGAUAUUCCAUAGAUGAGGGGACACUAUUAAAGACACUUCCUCUUGCUGCCACACACCAUAGCUUUGCUACUAGGGGCACUAUGAGAAGGGCCCCUGUUAAUAUCAGGGCAUGGGUUGGUAUCCCAAACCAUGUCAGUAAAUUAUACACACAACCCAAUGGAUACAACCUGAUCUUCUAACAAUCCACAUACUCCUAUGAUCUUUGUUUUCCCCUUAAGAAGUAACAUGAGCAGAUGGGACUCAUUAACCUGGGAAGGUAGCCCAUCCAAGAGAAGGAAAACUCUGGUCCUAAACCUCAGCUGCCUUGUGGGAUACCUUUGGGAGAACAAGAUGCUAAGGAGUAAACCCUACACAAAUCCAGAGUGGAGUUCCUAAGAUGGAUGGAUGGCGCCUUGUACGCCUCCUUCCAGCAACUCCCGCAGCUAAGCUGGUGCCAAAUGUAUCGCUCUGAUUUCCUUUGGACCACAUCAGAGAAGCCAAGAGGGGGGUCUUGUUGUCUGGGCAGCCCAGGACCUCCAUACACACUUCUCGGGCUUGCUCCCCAGGGAGGUCACUUCUGUGCUGCUAAUGCAGUGGUUUGAUUUCACCCGCAGAGGCACACUCCAUUGUCUCUUUGUGCCAACAAUCUGUGUUCAGGUAAGCAAGCUUCUCAAGCAUUUAUGGUACUGUAAGACUAAACAACAACAACAACAAAAAUAGAUGCACUAAGUUGCUGAUUGUUUUGAGACAAUGGUUGCUGAAGCCUUAAUGGCUGCAUUUAGUUCAUGUUGGAAAUUGGCUGUGGGCGACACAUUACAAGCCAAGCAGGGUGUGAGAGGAGUUGAAGGAAUAGGUUUCUUGUUCUGUUGCACCAAGGCAUUCUUAUGGAUUUGCUCUGGUGAAUUUGGGCCAGGUAGACCUUCAUUCAAAUCCCCUUUCGCUCAGUUGAGUAGUUUCAUGGAGAAUUAGGAAUGUAGCUCACUGAAUUACAGCAAUUAUAUCUUAUGCUGAAUGGGGCUAACUGCCUCCCAUGUCCAAGGUAUAUGUCCGUGUUGCUUUCUGCUUCACCCAGCGCAGCAUUGGGUCUCCUUAACGUCCUUUCUGAUGGAACCAUUUCUAAACAAAAUUCUUUCCUCUAGUCAGUUUCAUAGCAUGGAUCUCACUUUCACACACUUGCUCUCAACCAAAUCUUUUUCUUAGGAAUUCUCAGUCUGUAGCUAGCAGAAACUAUGCUCCCUGGAGUACAUGCUACAUCAUCUUCUGCUCAGAAGGCUUAGGCAGUGGUUCUCAACCUGUGGGUCCCCAGAUGUUGUUGGACUACAACUCCCAUCAUCCCUGAGCUCUGGCCUUGCUAGCUAGGGGUGAUGGGAGUUGUAGUUCAACAACAUCUGGGGACCCACAGGUUGAGAAAGCCUGGCAUAGAGGGACCUAGAUGAUGUCCUCAAAAACUGAUGCCUUUUGUUAUGGAUUGUUUAUUAUCCACUGAAACAUGCACCUGAAAAAGCAACCUUUUUGUUCCUUUUAUUUAUUUGACUGCGAUUCUUUGCAUUGCUUACGCUUAUUGACUUCUUGGUUAAAUAAACCUGUGAGCUGCAGGGAGCCGUGAUUAAUCUUGCCCUUAUUGACCUCUGCCCUCUUAGCCAAGUCCCUGAGAGGUAAUAUGCUAGCCCUCCAGGCUCAUUGGGUGGUUAGAGAUGGGAAUCUGGCAGAGUUUCACUGGGUAGCCCAAUUAAAUAGAGAUUCCCAUGCACCCACAUACUUAAAAACCAAACGUGCUGUUUAGCCUAGGGGAUGGUGACAGCUACUCUAUUGUGUUUGUCCAGCUUGCUGAAGUGGUAGCCUGAUCCGCAGUAGAUGGCUCCAUGUGGGCUUUAACCAUCAACCCACUGGGUGUUGCUUAGGUCAUUAGCUGAGGGUGUGUUGCAGCAACCUCUAAUCACAUAGGGGCUACCCUUUCCAAGUUGAGCUGCGGGUACCCCUCUUUCCCUGCAAGAGCUGAAGAGCCUGUAAAGUGUUUCUUGGAACGCUAGGAGAGAAGCAUUAAGCUUCCUCUAAGAGUGGUCUCUUGCUGAGGAAGCUUUUCAAAGCACUGCUUGGGCCAGAUAGAUCCUGUCUGGAGAGUUGUCUGAUGGAGCAACGAAGAAGUUCUCCAUCAAACUACUUCUUGCUCUUGCUCAAACUCAAGGCGUUUAAAGAACGCCUUUGUAAAUCCACACUGUUCAGAAUGGCACAGCUUCCCUACUUGCCUUGUCUCUUCCACACCUCUGUCUGGGGUUCUGUUCAUGAUUCCCUAAGUCACUGGGGUUUUGAGCCUUGAUUUGAUGGCCAGCCUGAGCCAUUUAUACCAGGCCGUCCCAAAGUACGUGGAAUCAAAAUAUGACUCGGACAAGACUAAUAACAAUCUCCCCAAUACUUAUUUAUUAAAAAAUUAUGCCACUUGCUGUAACAAAAAUCUCUAAGCUGCUCACAAUAAAAACACAACAUCCAGUGAAUUUUCCUAAAAAUGAGAUAAAAAGAAAAUGCAGCUGUAUCUCAUAAAUAAAAUUAAACAGUACAGGAAAGAAAUUUGUUAAGAGGCGUUUAAGGAUCAUUACUGACUUUGCCUCAUGAAUUGCUCAAAGGAGAGCGUUCCAUAGAGUGGGUGCUAUUAUCAAGAAAGCUCACUUAUUCAUUGUCACCAAGUAACAAACUGCUUGUUGUGGAACAAUGAGCAGGGUCUCCUCAGAAGAUCUUACAAGAUCAGCUUAGUUUUUUGAAAUGUUCCCUAUAUUUCAGAAGGAUCACACAGUAGAGUUGGAAUUUUUCUGUUCCCAGAAUAGAAUGUGACUUAACUAGAGCACUGAGAGUGUUGCAUUCUUUGGAGUUACAGAAGCAUUGCUUCUAUAUGGCUGCGCCUAACCCAUUUUCCCCCUCUACAGAGGCACUUCUUCAGAAACUUGGGGUCUAUUCUGGUUUAUGCUUUCCUAGGAACUGCAGUCUCUUGUUUCAUCAUUGGGUAAGUUGAGUUUUGAGAUACCAUUUAGUCUCGUGGGAUAUAAUUUUGGCAUCUCUUUAUCAUCCAUUGUUGUGCCUUAGCUUGUCCAGCAAGAUCAGUGAGAAUAUCUUGGAUGCUGUAAUCUCUUACCUCUCAAAUAAUCAUGCAUACACUGGGUUGCGUGUUUGUCAUCAGUAAUAAAGUCAGUUCAAAGAGAAACUCAUGCUAUUCUCUUGACAGCAAUGUAUUUUUAAACUUAUUUUAAUAUUUUAUUCUAAAAUUUGUCAUGAUGAAGGGCAGGUAAUUUUUAAAAACGAUAAAUUAAAUUAUUGUACAUUUUUAUAAAUAAAUAUAAUCCACAACAAUCUGGUUUAAAUGCUUCACUGAAUUCUUCUUUCUUUUUCCUCCCAGGAAUCUUAUGUAUGGUGUUGUAAAACUAAUGAAGCUUGUGGGGCAGCUCUCUGAUAAGUUUUACUACACAGAUUGCCUCCUUUUUGGAGCCAUUAUAUCUGCUACUGACCCAGGUAUAGACUUCAGCUUUAAAAAAUCAUUGGGUUUUUUAUGACACCUUUUUUCCUUUUUACUGUUGUUGUUUAUAGGAUGAGAAGAAAUAGUGUUAGGCAAUUGUGUCUGAUCUUUCCCGUGUCACAGAAAUGUCUUUUUCCUUUCUAUAAGGUGUAAGAAUUGGAAGAUUUAACGUAUAAACUCAUUACAAAAAUCUGUAGGAGAAGUGUGGUUGAUGGCAUUAUUAUUUUUAAAUGCAGUAUAAAUUUCCUGUCUGGGAGCCUUAAAGAUGGGGUAAAAUGGCUAAGAAAAAUGAAAAAUGCACAAGGAGUUUUGCAGUGUGGCUGUCUGCCAAAAACAGUCCUGCAGAGGUAGUGAUACAAGUAUUUCCUUAUCUCUCCCCAGCCAUAGUUUGUAUAGACCUGGGUGGAGGGGCAGCUCUUCUGUAGCCCUAACAAUGUGGGAAUCUGCUUGUAUGGAUUCUUUCCACACUGUCAGACAAGCAUGAGGAGACCUAUGCAGGAGGAGCCAGUGGCAUUCAUGGCCCUUUGUGGAAACUGAGGCAAUUUAUAAAUAACCUCGUCAUGGCCUCCUCUGACACUUGUUCUGGGGCUUCUUAUGGGCUGCGGGAGAGGAUUGGAGGGGGGGUGGAAAGAAGCAGGAACAUUAUCUUUCCCCCUCAUAUUUGUGCCAAUAUUCUAGGGUGCAUUGUGCAUCGAAUUAUGCCUGCUGCAAUGCCUGCAUUCCAUUCUAAGACAAAAUUGCAGGCUUUGGGGAGGGGGCAAUGCUAUCUUGUCUUGUCCCCUCCCUCAUUACCAUCACCCCCUACCAUGCCGGUGGGUUUAACACAGAACUUUGUGACGAAUUCUGGAGAACUCAAACGUUUGUUCGUGGCUUUUUGGUUGGUCCUAAUAAGGCCUUGGGACACGGGUGGUGCUGUGGGUUAAACCACAGAGCCUAGGACUUGCCGAUCAGAAGGUCGGCGGUUUGAAUCCCCGCGACGGGGUGAGCUCCCGUUGCUCGGUCCCUGCUCCUGCCAACCUAGCAGUUCGAAAGCAAGUCAAAGUGCAAGUAGAUAAAUAGGUACUGCUCCGGCGGGAAGGUAAAUGGUGUUUCCGUGUGCUGCUCUGGUUCGCCAGAAGCGGCUUAGUCAUGCUGGCCACAUGACCUGGAAGCUGUACACUGGCUCCCUCGGCCAAUAAAGCGAGAUGAGUGCCACAACCCCAGAGUCGGCCACGACUGGACCGAAUGAUCAGGGGUCCCUUUACCUUUAAUAAGGCCUUAGUGUAGUUUUUGGGGUGUCCCGUCCCCCCUCUGCAAUGAACCAACAUGGCUAUGCACAUUUUAAAUCUGGGGCAGAGGAAAGGUGCACUGUUGCCUCUGCAACAGUGCACCUUUCCUCUGCCCCAAACAGUAAGUGUUUACCAUGUACUCAGUGAGAUAAUGCCAGAUGUCUCCACAUGAGGUCGUUUGCUGACUAAAUGUUCCCCAUGUGGGAACUGACAAGGUACUGAGUUGUCUUGUGAUAACUUGAGCACAUGCAAAAUGAAUGUAGGAACUAGGCCUUGGAUAGAUGUUUAGGAGACCUGGUACUUUUGUGUGUGUGACUGUACUCAUGAGUAGUGAUGUUAAAUUCUUGAGAAUAAUCUUUUGGGGAAUAUUCUCGAAUAUUUUCAAUUAAUGAGAUGUGUACAUUUAAAGCAGCUUUGUGGACGACUCAGAAUUUACAGUUUGUGGAGAAUAUUCUCCGAAGAAUUUUCUAGCAGAGAAUAUUCUCACCUCACGUCACUACUCAUGAGUAAUUGAGUGCUAUCACUUCCUUUUCUGCUGCCCAUAGCAGCCAUUUUGUGCUGACAUUCGCAGCACCUACAUCAAAAUAAAAAUACUGGGGCCUCUUUUUUUUUUUAAAAAAGUACUGAUUAGACCUUUCACCAACUGCCAACCUGUAUUAAACACCUUUGGUUUCAUGGUUCUGUUAUAGCUUGAUAACAUUCACUGCAUACGAAGUCAGCAGAGAGCUGUUUCUUUCCUGCUCAAAAUCAAAUAUACAAUAAGACCAAUUUUUAGUGCCUUGCUCUUCUCUUUUCCCAAUUGUAGUCACUGUACUGGCAAUUUUUAACGAACUUCAUGCUGAUGUUGACCUCUAUGCACUGCUGUUUGGAGAGAGUGUUCUGAACGAUGCUGUUGCUAUUGUACUAUCUUCGUAAGUAAAAAAAAAAUUAAGAGUUUUUGAUGUGUUAUGUGAAAGACCAUUAAUACAAAAUGAACCAAUUCCUGAUAGUCUUGUAAAUCAGAUUUGGAAAGACUGCUGUUUUUGCAUUUGCCUUGAGAUCAUUUGCGUGUGGUUGGGAUGAUAGAUGGGAAAGAUGCAGCUCCUAAAAUAACUAAAGGAGGAAGAAUUAUGUGGGAUAAAUAUUUUGCUCAUUGCUGCUUCUUGUCCCCUCUGUUGCAGUUCUAUUGUAGCAUAUCAGCCUACGGGAGGAAACAUCCAUGCUUUUGAUGCAGCUGCCUUUUUUAAAUCUGUUGGUGUUUUCCUUGGAAUCUUUAGCGGCUCGUUCAUGAUGGGAGUAGUGACAGGAGUUGUGACAGCUCUGAUAUCCUUUUUCUGUUGAAUGCUCCCAGUUUUUGUGUGUGUUUUUUUUUUGCAGAUGCCCACUCACUUUUGACUUCAUUCUCUGGUGAAAGCAGCAUUUCGUCUUAUCUGCUACAAUCUUCAGGUCUUCUGCCUGUAGAAUCAUAGAGGGCGUCAUGCCAUUAAAAAAAUAAAAAACACUGUACUAGAAAACUGCACUGAAAUAUAGACAACUUUGUUUUACAGGUAGAUCAGUUUUUAGGUACAGUAGUCAGUUGCAGGUGAGGUCCCCCAUCCUAAGAAAGCUGGAAUAGGAAUGCAAAAAAAAGGCAAGCAGGCAAACUGUGAAGCAAGACAGCCGUGAGAUCGGAAGCCAGGAAGGUUGACAAGCAGAAACUCCCUAGAGCAGUGAUGGCCAAACUUGGCCCUCCAGCUGUUUUGGGACUACAACUCCCAUCAUCCCUAGCUAACAGGACCAGUGGUCAGGGAUGAUGGGAAUUGUAGUCCCAAAACAGUUGGAGGGCCAAGUUUGACCAUCACUGCCCUAGAGGGAGACAAGGAAGCCAAAUUGAUGUGAUCAGAAUUUGGCUGCUGCCUAGAUCAGGUGUAGGGAAUCAUUGGCCUUCCAUAUGUUACUGAACUACAACUUGCAGGAGCCCCAGCAAGCACAGCCGGGGCCAGGUAUGAUACGAGUUGUAGUAUCAUGUAGCAGUAUUUGGAGAGAGCCAAACGUUCCUUACACCCGGCUUAGGUGAAUACCCAGCUCCGACUUUAUAAGCAUUUAUAACUUGGCCAGGUCAGGGAGAACCUGUGGUCUACAUUUGGAGCUACAGUACAGUCACAUGAGUACUAAGUCAUCACAUUCAACCCUUUGGGAAGAGUUCUAAUAGCUGCAGAAAAUAUCUAAUGCUGUGAAUUUUGCGAUUCCUUAACACAAUAAUCACGUAACAAAGUUCACAAAACUGCAUUGCUUCCCCUUACUGGAGACUGCACUCUUUUUUCUGAUGUCUUGGAGUACGUUCUUGCUGGCUGAAGCUUGUGGCUUUACAGGUAAGAUGCUUUGAUAUAUUAACAGGCUCUGGAAUGAAUAGAUUUUGUGCUUAUACAGUAAUUGGUAUUAUUAUUAGGAACAUAUUGGGUACUCAUGUUGUCACCUUUCAAAUUACACUUGUGCUGAUGUUACAAAGUUGCAUAGUAUGCAUAAUAUAAAUGCAUAAUAUGAAUUUGAUUUCUGGCGUAAUCUAUUUGGCAAAAGGUUAACAUGGAAACAAGUGAUGAACAUACGAUAGUCAGUACUGUAUCUUUUGGCCCUUGAAAUUAGAUUCACAUUGUAGAAAUCAUCUUCACAUUGUAGAUGUCCUGACAUAUAUCUCCUUGUAGAAGUCGUGUGUUUUUCCUGGACAUGGAACUCCUUUUAAUGACCGGAGUUGUUAACAUGUCCUCUUUGUAGAUCUUUUUUCACAAAUGGCUUUUCUAAUUUAUUUUGCAAUGUGAAGACUUCAUUGCUGCAAUGUCAACAGAUGACUGGGUGGUUGGAGUGCUCUUUAUUUAUUUUUAUUUAAUAUAGGAUUUUUAUAGGUCCACACCAGGUUUGGAUCCAGUGGAUUUUUGACUUUGUGGUAUGGCAUGGGGAUCUGUUCUUCAGUCUGCUUUUGUUACCCCCCAACAGUUUAAAAAAGGAUUGCAAUGUAGUAUGGAGUCAGGGGCCUGCUUUUCACAAAACACUGGGUGGCAAAGAGCAAUACCACUGCUUUUUGGAUUCCCAGCUGUAGAUUUUAUUCUCAUUGCCUUUAUAGCGGAGAGAUUCACAACACAUAAACAUUAAGAGGAGCCAAGGGAGUGGAUGCCUUGUGUUCAUUGUUGUUGAAAGGAGCAGAAAGCCUAGCAGAAAACAGACUUGUGUUUUCAUAGAAUUGUAGAUUUGGAAGGGACCCUGAGGAUCAUCUAGUCCAACCCCUGCAAUGCAGGAAUAUGCAGCAGUCCCAUACAGGGAUCAAACCUGCAACCUUGGCAUUCUCCGGACCAUGCUCUAACCAACCGAGCCUUCCAGGUUUUACUCGCAUUUCUCCAAUAUAAAUAGCUGAUUUGCUGGCCAUCCAGUUCUUGGCCAGUGGUAAUAAAGUUCAUGCCAAGCCCAUUUUGGGUUGAUCUCUCCAUAUAAACACACCCAAGAGAGAUUCUUUUAAUCUUGCAAACCCUUAAGAAAUAUGAGGCACAACCCUGGGAUUUGUUCCUGGAAGCAGGACUGAAUCAUGGAGUAUAUAUCUGCCUGCCUGCCCUUGGAAGAGUGCAGAAUGAUUUUCCUCACCUAAAAAUUAACAGAACCUGGUCCCUGCACCCAUGGAAUUAUGGGACUACCUUUCCAGUACAGACAGCAAAGCGUUGAUGCAGAUUUAAGCCCCAUUACUUCUCAUUGGAACACAGGGCAGGAUCACUGGAAAAAAUAACCCACAAAGAUAGCAAGUAUAUAUCAGAAUGUAAUGCUUCAGGAUUUAAAGAAGAUUGAUAUGAAUACUAAGCCAGAAAAGAGAUGAUGUCUGCAUUUAACCUAAUGCUUCUUGUUGUUCUGUUUCUCUUGGUAGGCGUGGUAUCUGUCCUGUUCUGUGGAAUCACACAAGCUCACUAUACGUACAAUAAUCUGUCUGUUGAAUCAAGAAGCCGAACCAAGCAGGUGAAAUAAUGUCUUCUUAGUUUUGCUUUCUCUCUCUCUCUCUCUAUAUAUAUAUAAAAUAAGGCAUGCUCCUCUUCAUUUAUUUUGAAUGAAGGCUGCUGAUACCUGGUAGAAAUGGUUAAUCUCACAGUUGAUGAAUGAUUGAUGAGGUGAAAUGCACAAUUGGGAGUGUCUUAUGUACUUCUGCACUUGCAAGUCUGAUUAGUACAAUCUAGAGAAGGUAUUUUGGACAGUAAUAUGAAAAGUGUGUGUUGAGAAAUUGCGGUAGUUGCUUUCAUUGCUUUUUCACCACGCUAAUAAGAGUGCAUUAAAAGCUUGGCGGUGGCUUCUUCUUCUUUAAAAUCUUUUAGUACCUUGGAUUUGCUCCCAAACCAGAAAACUACACAAGCAAAUUUACAGUUGCCUGUCUCUGUGCUUUCGCACACUUCUUGGGCAGAGAAAUUGUUUUUUAAAAAACAAGGUGUGCCCACAGCUAUCUGCAUGCAUGCCCCUUUGGUAUUUAAUUGGGAACUGUAGUUUACUGCCAAGUUGCAAUUCCCAGCACCCUCAGCAAACUACCAUUUCCAUGACUUUAUGGCAGAGGGGGUGAAAGGUGCUUUACAAUGUAUGUUGUGCAUGCUGUUUUAGAUGGUUUGUUCAGAAUAGGCUGCUCUGAAAAGCAAGUGUUUCUCUUGAUAAGUCAUGUAUAUUGCGUUGAAUUCCAUUGGCAGAAUUAAUGUUUUUUCUCCCAUCCCUAACUUACUUUCCAGCUUUUUGAAGUGCUGCACUUCCUGGCUGAGAACUUCAUAUUUUCUUAUAUGGGCUUAGCACUCUUCACUUUCCAGAAGCAUAUAUUCAGCCCCAUUUUCAUCAUUGGAGCUUUCGUAUCCUUUAUUGGGUUCUUCUGCAUUAUAACAUGUUUCUCGGCGGUGUUGCACUUCUGAGAAGCCAGUCUUGAAAGGGGAGGGGCGGAUCUUUGGAGCAGCUGAGCUAAAGGAACUAAAACUGGAUGAGAAAGGGGGAAGCCCUGUUUCCUCCAACAGGUGCCUAGGGAGAAAACAGGCCUUUAACACCUUGUGUGUCUAGUAGUACUUUCCUGCAAAUGCCAUGGUAAGAAUACCGCUCUCUCAACUGGGCUGACUUCUGGGGCUUAGAGCCAGGGAUCCUGAGGUGCAAAUAACGAGUAAGAAUUAGACAUUUGCAGAGGAAAUUGGGAAGGUGAGGGAAGAGGUAAGACCCUCCCAUUAGCCAGUUCUCGCUGCACUUGAGGAACAAACACAUACACAGAAACCAUGUCUUCCUUGUAACCCGAAGCUUUUCUCUCUGAGGUAACUGCAACCUAAUUCCUCUUGACAGUACUUUCCACCCAACCUUCCACUGAUUUGGUGGCACACCUGAGACUUCUCUGUUGGCCCGUGUUAUAACGUUACAAGAAUAUUAUGUUGAAACCUUAUGUUAGGCUUUUUUUAAAAAAAACCCGUCUCAGUACGAUGAUAACUUAAAAUCCUUUAAGUUGUACAGUGAAUGUUAAUAAUAGUGGAAUAUCCUAACAUACUGAAUUUUCCCUGAGCAAAUGGCCAAGGCUCUUGUUUGUUUUUGCUGGCAUUCUUAAGAAAUGGAAAGCAGCUUUAUUCAUGUGGUGUGUGUGAAACGGGCAAGCGGUCUCAAGUGCAGUCCCUGGCCUCUCCAGGUACGAACUGGGAGAGAACCAUGUCUAAAACCCUGGUGAGCUAUAACCAGCCACUGUAGGCCAUGCUGGGACUAUAUGGAGCAAUGGGCCUGACUCACUAUAAGGCAGCUUCCAAAGGUAAGAAGUGAAGAGGAUCCUGGUAAGGUUCACACAUAUGUGCACAGUUCACGAGUAAGAAUCAUAGAAUUGCAGAGUUGGAAGAAGGAACCCAGCAAAGCAGCUGUCUCAUACGGGGAUCGAACCUGCAACCUUGGCGUUAUCAGCACCACGCUCUUAACUGAGCUAUCCGGGCUGAGCAAGAAUUUUCCUUGUUUUUGAAGAGACCACUCCAGUUCUUCCUCUUCCGUUUUAUCUCCUCUAAGCACCGUUUGUUUGGCCUUACGGAACAGCUCAAAAGCUGCCUGUGUGAAGGUUUAAGAGGAAGAAAGUGCCCACAUGAGAAAUUUUGCCCUGUAGGAGUGAGUGUUUCUACCCCUCAAAUGAAUGCUAAUGUGACACAGACUCUGUUCAAUAUGAAUGCAAUGCUAAUACAGUGGUACCUCGGGUUACAAACACCUUGGGUUACAAACUCCGCUAACCUGGAAGUAGUACCUCGGGUUAACAACUUUACCUCAGGAUGAGAACAGAAAUUGCACAGCGGUUCAGCAGGUCCCAUUAGCUGAAGUGGUACCUCAGGUUAAGAAUGACUUUCACUUGAGUGUGUUUGACUCAGCAGUGAGGGAAAGCCAUGUGGGAGUUAAGUGCACUCUUAACUCUCUCUCUUUAGGGUGUCUCAAACAGAAUAGCAGCAAACAAGCUUCUCUGUACUGGAGGGUUGUUAAGCAAGGGCUGCCUCCCCCCCCUUUUCUUAAAAACACACACACACAAAAACAGCUGUAAGGGAGCAAUAGUUACAGUAUAGAGAUACUGGCUUUACCUGAUCAGAGCCACAUAACAGCAGGUUUCGAAAGAACAGAAAAAAUGGUAUUUCCUGGGUUGGAACAGAACACUUAAGUUUAAAGAAACUACCUGAUCAUUGUGUGACGUAGAUAACAAUAUUGGAUCCUUAACCAAAAGGUGCUGUUAGAUAGCUGUUUUCCUGGGACGAGCUGCACACAUCUACCCUCUUUCAUUCUUCUUGAAUCUGGGCAGAAGGCACAAGAUCAGCUGGAAUUUCCAGCACAUGCUGAUGUUUUCAGGUAAGAUGAUAAGAUGAAGCUUGUAAUCUUAUCUCAUCUACAACACAAAGUUCCCAUCUGUAGAUACAGGUAUCACAGAUAUAUAGCCAGGGUUUUUGUGGGAGGGGGGCAGGAUUUUUUUUUGCAGGGGGGGGGAGAACCUCAGUUUGCUGUGUAUUUUUAUUGAUUUGGGCUUGUCUCCUCCUACCUAGCAUGCCCCUCAAGGGCCUCCUCUUCUCUCUCUCUCUCUCUCUCUCUCUCUCUCACACACACACACACACACACACACCAAACUUCACAAAGGGUGACUAUUUUUUCAAUAAAUAACUUCAGUGUUUCAUGUAAAGUCCAUCAGAUUUAUUUAUACCCCCCACUUCUUGAGAAGUGCUGUAGGGACAGAAAGGUUUGAAGAGGUGGGGGGGGGGAGCCAGAGCAGGCCUUGGAUACAGUUGUAAUGCUGCUUGCCACCUUGGAUGGAUAUCUAAAAUAAUAAAAAUAAAUAGAGACUUCCGGGGGUGGCGCCAUCAGCAAUGGCGGACUCCCUCUGAACUGGAGGUACUAGCUCCGCGCGAAACGGGUCUUCUCCGCUACGGCGAAGCGGGGACCCUUUUAAAAAUCACAGGCGGGUGAAGCCUGUGACCAUGGGACUCGGCGGGCACCUUUAGCGCCCCCCCAACUCGUAAAGGAGCCCACUAACGGGCUCCGAAGUGAAGAGGGGGAAGUGGCGCGGUGCUGUGAGUCAACUGCUAUUUCCGUGGAGCGAAGCCGCAUAGCCGUUGCCGGAGAGCGCUGCCUUUUUCCUGGGACAAUUUGGAUUCUAAAAUAAGCACCUGUGAGUACUUAAACUUUGAACAACUGGACUUUAAAUAAGGACUUGCGAGCAGAAAGGAAUUGGACUUAAAAAUUUAUUUCAAUUUGGUACUGAAACGGGAAGGUCUAAACAGGAAGUCAGCCUUCCGUUCUUUUGUAGACAGAAUAAAGCAAAGACAACGUAAACUAGAGCUCAGAAAAUCGCCUCUAAAGGAUUGGAUUUCAUCAUUUAAAAUUGUGGAACCCCCCUUCGACAGCAGGAGAAGAAGGGGGAUCUUUUCGGACUGUUUAAACCUGCAGAAGUGAGUUUAAAGUAAAGUAACUUUCCACCGUCCUGAUCCUGGAGCGGGGUGUCAGGACUGACGUUUGAAGCUCAUUGACCAGAGAUAAACGUUUUUGACAGAUAGCUAAAAGAAGAUAAACAUAGUGAUUCCACUGUUUCUCUUCGCAGUUUAAAGGAACAAAUAUUGACAAAAUAUCUCAAAAAGGAAAACUUUGUCGCAAGAAGAAAUAGAAGUUUUCCCCCUAGAGGGAGACUGUGAAACUGUAACCAAUUCCAGGGAGCUGGCAGCUGUUACAGAUUACAAUCGUGGGAAUAGACAUUUGACCUUGCAGGACAAUGUAUUCAGAAGCUCUGUUGCGUGCUUUCUAUAAAACAAAUGCCCUACUGGAACAGUUACAUGAGAAGAUGAAUUUGAUGGCGAAUUCAACUAGAAAUUUUGAACAGGCAGUGGGAAAUUUUGAACAGACAGUGGGAAAAUAUGUGGAGCCCACCCAGGAAUUAAAUCAGGAGUGUGUCCUGACAGAACAGGCCCAACAGGAAUAUGAGCUUUUGGAUUUGACAAAUUAACUUGGAAAAAGCCAGAUUUGGAAAGAAAAAGUUUGGUUUGGCUUGGAAAUGGGGGGCUGGAUUGACCCCCCUAUGCAGGGAUGUUAGGACUUUUCAAAUCUGGCAGUGGGCCGGGAGAUGUUUGGGAUUGUAGGGGCUCUUAAUUUUGGAGGGUUUUUGAAACAUGUUUUUAAAUACCACAUGGAAUUUAGUGUCGAAUAUGGAAAAGGGGCUGAUCUGUUGAGAAGGGUCAAAAAUAUUGCUAAGCUGGAGUUCCCACGAGCAGGAGACAAGGGAAAAUACAGUUACAAAUAUGAAGAAGAGCUGCGGAAGGGACAUGGAAGAGACUUAAGGGCCUCGGAUAUAAGGUUGCCAGGUUAAUGCGCUAGAUCGAUGGGAUAAUAAGGACUGACAAAACCCGGGACCAGGAGGAAGGGACGCUGGAUGAAGAUUGGAUUUGUUUUUAUUUCUUUUAAUAUUAGGACUGUUUUAUAAAAUUGAUGAAUGUUAGAAAAAUGUUGGAAUGAAAUUACUCGGCUUUAGUAAAAAUGUUUAAAGAAUUAUGAAAGAAUAUUAUGGUUAUGAGAAGUUGGUAAGGAUAAGAUUUAAGUUUUAAGUUUCAAGGUUUUUUUUAUAGAAAGAUAAGAUUAAAAUAGUUUAAGGUAAUGUAAUGACAGAAUAUUAUGACAUAUGGAAAGGAUUUGCUGUGAUAAUUAACAACUAGGAUACAAAGAAAGGGAGGAAGAGGAGGUCAAAGAAAGAAGGAAAUGACAGUUGAGGAUUUGAGAAUAAUGGAUUUGUUUUUAAAUGUUUUUAAAUGUUUGUGGUGUAUUUUUGUUUUUUUUUCUGUUUUCUUUCUUAUUUUGAAUUUGUAUUCGUAUUGUUGGAAGUGGUUUGUUUUUCUCUUUUUCCACUUUGUUUUUCUUUUGUAACUUAAAAAAAAAAUUUUUUUUCCAAUAAAUAUCAUUUAAAAAAAAUAAAAGAAAUAAAUAAAUGCCUUAUAGUGGCUCAGGACAGGGAGGACGGGUUUUGCGUUUCUCUACCCCGUGGCUCUUGUGAUGUUGUAUCAACUGCUCUUUGUCGAGGUUUCCAAACUCUGCAAAAACCUGGAAGCAGACUAAGUUGCACAUAGAAUCAUAGAAUCAUAGAGUUGGAAGAGACCACAAGGGCCAUCGAGUCCAACCCCCUGCCAAGCAGGAAACACCAUCAGAGCAUGUCUUGUCGCUCCACUGAUUAACAACCUCUCUCAAGAGACUUGAGCAGAAACCUGCUUCCUUUGCAUAACAUAAAUAGUUACUCAGAGAGCAUAUUUUAGGGCAUCUUAAUGGGGAACUGACAGCUUAUUUUUGGAAUGGAAUGCCAACAGCCCUUAACACUAAGCUGAAGAGACAUAUCCUCUUGGGGAAGGGCCAUAGUUCAGCGGUAGAAUAUCUGUGUUGCUUGCAGAAUGUCCCAGCGUCUGCAGCUAAGACUCUCUGCUUGACGAAGACCUGGAGAGAGAGAUGGCUGGUCCAUGUGAUUCAUACUGGACUAGAUGUGCUUCUUAUGUUUACUGCUCCCCGCCAAGUCUAUAUGACUUGGGACGAAAACACCUUAGCGUUCCAACUCUAUGUUUGAGGGGGAAGUAUCAUACAAAACAGCUCUUGUGUUGUCAGGUUUUACAUCCCUCUCACUUGUUUAUCUACAGGACUUCGAGGAGCCAUGGCAUUUGCUCUAGCCAUACGAGACACCGCAACUUAUUCUCAUCAGAUGAUGUUCUCCACCACACUCCUCAUUGUCUUCUUCACUGUUUGGAUCAUUGGCGGAGGGACAACGCCCAUGCUCUCAUGGCUAAAUAUAAGGUGCCCAUGUUGAAUCUAAACUGUACCUUUUUCAGCGUCACGUUCACAUUUUUUAAAUAACAAGGAAAUAACGCGAACUGCUUGAUACGUACAAAAUCAGUGUCAUAUGCAUUCGAUGUUUGGCUUUGCAUCAUAGGAGAAUAACUGCUUAUAACAGCAAAAUCUUGCUGUUCAUUCAGGGGUUGAGCAUUUUGCUUGCUUCUUAAUACCUAGUCAUGUUUGAGGUCUGUGUGGGGUUUUUGCAGGGUUAGGUUACCAAGAUCGUGGUAGCUCACAAUAAGUGGCCACAGUUAAAUAGCAGAACCCUAUCCUCUGUUAUAACUUGUGGGAUGCUGGUGCCUAUCAAAUAACAUGAGAAGCUCAUAUAUCCUACAAGGGGUGUGGGGCAUUUAAGAACCUUCCUCUGCAAUCAGUAGAGCAACACAUUUAUUUCCUGUUUGCCUGGCACAGUUCAGAUACGUUUCUGUAAGGCGAUACAUACAAGCAGAACAUUUGUGCAAGGGGCGGGGACUGUUUUACUCUUCUAUUGCAAGUUAAUUAUUUAUAGGCUUUGUACUUUCCCAACAUACAGCUUCUGGCGUGGGAGCAAUAUGUAGUCAGAUGCUGGGGAAUUGGCAAAUUUGCUUGUAGUUUGUAGUGUACUUCUUGUGAUCUUGUUUGAUCUUAAUUUGUCAUCUAGUAAUUUCCCAUUUUCAUAAGUUUCCAAUGAGGUCAAUAGGGGUUGUGGAAGCCCAUUGACAAGAAGAGGACUCUGGUUCUGUACUGUGCUAAAUGGCUUUUCAUAACAAGAAGAGUUUGGAUUUGAUAUCCCGCUUUAUCACUACCCGAAGGAGUCUCAAAGCGGCUAACAUUCUCCUUUCCCUUCCUCCCCCACAACAAACACUCUGUGAGGUGAGUGGGGCUGAGAGACUUCAGAGAAGUGUGACUAGCCCAAGGUCACUCAGCAGCUGCAUGUGGAGGAGUGGGGACGCGAACCCGGUUCACCAGAUUACGAGUCUACUGCUCUUAACCACUACACCACACUGGCUCUCCUACAAGCCUACUGCUAUCUAAAUAGAACUGUUUGGUUUUCUGUAUUCUUGCCAGUGUAUCAUAAACAAAGAUGUUGCAAAAGUGCCAUUUCCUUCCCUCACCCCUUUGCCUAACCCAGCAAUGUUUUUGAAUGUUUCCUGGCUCUCUCUUACAAGUUCACCAUUAGUUAUGCACCAGGUUGUGUCCAAACAUCCAUCUGGAUGGGAAGCAAAAAACAAAACAAAACACUUAGUGGAAAAAAUGGCUUAGCUUUGCAGUUACAGAUAUGGAUGUGUCUGUCCAUGCUGUAGGAAACUGGAAUGUGAGCUCUUCCUUGAGUGUGCUAGGUAGGCUUUCUUGACAUUGACUGGUUUACCAGGUCUGACACUUAUUUGUUGCUGUAUUUGCUCUUAGCACGCUGAACAGGAAAUAUUUAAGUCAGGAUUGAUCGCUGUGCUGAAUUGAAGGAGUGAGAGGCUGGGCCACUGAUUUCAAACUUAAUAUUGGUACCCUUCCUGGAAACAAGUGUCACACUCCUUUUGUUUGUGCCACAGGCAUGGGAAUGUACUUCAAAAUUGGACGAGCAUUCUGGAACUCAAUAUACAGUUCAGUGUAACAUAUCUUCCUUUUGAUUAGGUCUGCUAACCUCAGUGUGCUAAAUUUGACCUUAGAGCUGCAGAAAAAAUAAUUGCAAGCCCCCAUCUGCAUUAUCAUACCACUUUUAAACAGCCAUGCUUUCCUGCAAAGUGCAGAUGAGGCUGCAUGAGAUGAAACCUUCAGUCCAGGAGAUGGCAGUCAUGUGCAACAUUAAAAUACCAUGCGAAAGAGAGUUGCCUGUUCAUCGAGAUCCUGCUGCAGAAAAUGUCUCUCUGUACAUUGCAAGAGAGUGGGAUAGUGGCUGAUAGCUGAGGAUUAGACGCUCAGGACUCUGCACAGUAGGAAUUGGAAGGUUGGUCUUGACUUCGCAUGCCUGGCAGUUUGCUGCAGAGGUACACAACCUGUAGCCCUUUAGAUGCUGUUGGACUAAACUCUUAUCAUCCCUGACCAUUGGGUGUGUUGGCUGAGACUGAUGGGAGUUGGACAGCAACAUUAUUUGGAGAUGUGCAGGUUCCCCAACGCUGGGGUACUGUAAUGUUUGCUGGAAGAAUUAUGUCUGGCUGAAGGUGCAGUGUCUGUUUCAAACUAUCGCUAGCAAGAACAAAUGUGGAAACUACAGAUAGCACUUCCAUGAGACAUAGUGCCAAUGCACUGCUACAGUCCUACCCACACUUAGCAGUUUGAACUCUGGGGGACUUAGAAUGGCAAAGUUGGAAAGGACCAGGAAAGUCAUCUAGUCCAAACCCCCUGGAAGCUUUUGCCCAACAUGGGGCUCAAACCCACGACCCUGAGAUUAAGAAUCUCAUGCUCUACUGACUGAACUAUCCCAGCUUCUAAAUAAAUGCAUGACAUCAAGCGGCUAUUGUGACAUGGCUAUCUGUAACGAGGUUAUAACUGUCUGUUGUGACCCACUAGUCUGUAUGCAGUGAGUGCAGUUACAUUUUAAGUAAUGCCUGAAUAGGAGAGCUUAAAAUCCGGUUGUCUUCAAAACCUUUUGCAGUUCACCCAUCUUCAGAGAGAAGGGGCUUGAGCCAGGAAACCAAAAAACCACUGGCAGCGUUUUCUUCUGCAGAAAACAGCUGACUAAGCUAGUUUUCCUGUUAGUUCUCAGAAGAAAUUAAACUAAACUGCAGCUAAAUUCUGGUGUUCAUUAUGACCUAACGAAAAUGAACUUUCGUUUUUAAAACGAUUGCUUUUGGAAACAAGCAGUUGCCUUAAACAUCUAUUACAUGUUUGGUCUUUUUAGAGGGUGGGGGGACAUAUUGGGGUAUGGAAACGAAAUGGAUACAUUUGAAGUGUCUGUAAUUUCCUCCAUUUUCGAUGUUUACACUGUGAAUUCCAUUGCUUAUGUAGUCAAAACAGCACCACACAUACACACAUGGAGGGUGUAUCAGUAAUGUUGAGGAAACUCCAAGGUUUGCAGAAGUACAGUUUUUUUAAAGAGAAAAAAAAAAUCCCAUAGAGGCUGGGGAACUCCAAAAACAGCCCAAUGAGUAGCGCAUGAGACCCUUAAUCUCAGGAGCCCCACAUAGGGCAAAAGACUUCUGCCUUGCAGGGGUUGGACUACAGUUCUGUGAUUCUCUAUGAAUAUGCUCAUUGGCCAUGGGCACUGUUUCUCUGAAGGCCGCUGGAGACUGGAGCGCUGAGCCCUUGGAGGGGGAAGCUGGCAAGUUGUUCUAAACCAAGUUUUGCCUUGGUUCAUUUUGCUGUUUUGAGGCAAUUGCACAUGCCAAGCUUCUGCUUGUGCAGCUAACUGAAUCCAAGUCCCAUGAACACAAGGAUUUCAGUCUCUCUUCUGCAUUUUUGUGUGAGCCAAAUAGUUCCCUUCACGUAUAAGAGGUCAGGGGAGCUGCAGCACGAUAUACAAUUAGGACACUUUGGGGUCAAGGAAUGUGAUAGAAGGGCAGUUGCACCCUUUCUUGUCUUUGCUGAUGACACUGCUAUACUCUCGAGUCCUUAUUAGUUAUCAUUUACUAAGAAACUCCUCUUGUGUUUGAGUAUACACCAUCAUUUGAAACUAUAUGACCUGGCUGCCACAGUCUGUCUGUGCCAUAACAGUCACAUCUAAAUCUAGUCCAUCCAUAAUGUGCAUGGGGAUCCUAGCAUGUAAGAAGAUCUAGUUCUGCUAGAUCAGAAUCUAGUUCUGCUUAUCAGAACAUUCUUAGAAUCUUCAGCCAUCUAGCUGAGCUUUCUUCCGCAGGAAGCGUCAGUUUCUGAAUGUGUCAGUUUAGCCAGCAGGAAGGUUAGGGCAUAUGCCUGUAUAGAUAUAUAUUGGGUUUUCUUUGUGGUUUGUUUUUCCCCACCUUGUUUUGCCACUAAGCUAUGGUCACGUGGCAGUACUGAGCAGGAACGGGGAAGUUAAACUGGAAAAUCAGAGUUGGGGUUUACAAGCACGGGAAGGGAGUAGAAACCUAAGAAAGAGGACCUUGAGGGGAGUGGGAGAGACAAAAUGGGGACGGGGAGAAGCAAAGGGCAUUUGGGAGAACGCGCAGGAGUCAAGAAAGGAGAUUGCAACCAGGGAAAAAGGAGGGGGGUGGAAGGAGAAGCCUGUGUUCCACAUAAAUUGGCAGAGAAGCACUGAGGGAAGAGUCAGGAGGGAAGGAGUUACAAGCAGAGGGCUUGAGUGAAGAGGAACCUAAGAAGACUGUAGAUCAGGCACAGGCAAACUCCAGCCCUCCAGGUGUUUGGGACUACAAUUCCCAUCAUCCCUAGCUAACAGGACCAGUGGUCAGGGAUGAUGGGAAUUGUAGCCCUAAACAUCUGGAGGGCCGGAGUUUGCCUAUGCCUGCUGUAGAAUAUAGGAAUUGCAGCCAUAGGCGUCUGGUUUGCUGCAUUGUCCUUACUUUCUGGCUUUCCUUUUAAGUGUAUAACAGUUGUUUUUGUUUUUUUUAUGUUUGUGUUUGCAAAUGUGCUGAGGCCCUAGGGAGGGGCUUGUUUGAGUGGCAACGAGAGAGAGAGAGAGAGAGAGAGCGCGCGCAUAUUUGUUGUUGCACCCUGGAGUGUUGCCUGCUGCGUAUGCCUAAAACAUUUAUUAUUUCCGCAAGAAUGAUGGAAUUGGUAUUACACUAGCAUUUCCCUUCUGAUUUUAUUGAGGUGUUUUGUUUUUUAACAUUUUAGUAUUAUGGUUGGGUGGGUGUGUGUGUGUGUGUGCAUAAAGCUGCCCUAAGAAACUUUUUGGGAGGGGUGGGGUGGAAGGCAGGGUAAAAAUCUAUAAUUAAAUAAAUUCCGUUCUUGUGCUGUACUAGAGUUGGCGAACAUGUUCCAUCGGUGGAAGAGAUGAAUGAAAGCCGCUGGCUGUACUUCAGGUGACAAAUAAUAGUUCCAUUGGUAAUGAGCUUUACCUGACGCUUGGCUUUCUUCAUCUUUCUAACCUAAGGUGUAUGCACUCUCUGUCUGCUGUUGCAUGUCUUGCCUCUUAAUGCUGCAGGAUUCCUGGAUUUUCUGCAAACCUUGCUUCAUGUGGGUUGAAAGAAUGCAGUAGCUGUUAUCUACAGUCUCUUAACCUAUAAGUUAAAAGGAGUGCAAAGAUUUAGAAUGUAAACAUGCAUUCUAGGGAAGUCUUGCAAUUCAGAUAGAAAUCGUGGCGCGUACUUUGGCUAAAUUAGAACUUUCUGAAUUAAUACCUGAGCUUUUGCUGUGCUGUUCUUGUGAAGCACCAAGAAUUUUAUGCUUCAUUAUAGCGUAUUAAAGCAAGCCAGUCUGAUCUGGAAAAUUGACAUUUGUUUCUUAAGCACAGUGUACACAAAAGAUGCCCAUAAUGGUUGACUACCUAGUAACUGUCCUAAUAACAUCCUUCCGGAACAUCAAUUCUAAGCAAACGCAAAUAUUUGCAUUAAGAGAUUUUUUUUGUAUGAACAUUAUACUGGGGUGCAACCAGCUUUUGUUUUUUUACUUAAAAUUGAACACAAAAGGCUAUUAUUAUUAUUAUUAUUACUAUUAUUAUUACUACUAUUAUUAUUACUACUACUACUACAAUAUAAAAACACAACAAUACAUAACAUGGUACCAAACAAAAACAAUACCCCCCUACAGUUUAAAAGGCCAUAGGUUGUUUAAUUAGCCAAGGCCAGGGAGAAGAGGAAUGUUUUUGCAUGGUGCCUAAAGAUAUGUAACAAAGGUGCCAGAUGAGCCUCUGUGGGGAAAGCAUUCCACGAAUGGGGAGCCACCACAGACAAGGCCUGUUCUCAUGUUGCUACCCUCUGGACCUCUCUUGGAGGAGGCACGUGAAGAAGGGCCUCAGAUGAUGACUGCAGGGUCUGGGUCAGUUCAUAUGAGGAGAGGCAGUCCUUGAAGGUAUUGCAACCCUGAGUCAUUACGCACUGAGGAGUCGGUGCAUAAGAUUGUACUGUAAAGGUUUUUGGAAGAUCUAGUUAGGGUGGUAUUUAGCUGGUAUGUGAUGCAAUACCCACUUCCAUUUUCAAAGGACAAACAUAGGGAGGGAAUUGUUAUUUAAAUUUGCGUUUAAUUAAGGACUUCCAGGCACCUAAAAGUAAAAGGGUUGGUUGCAGCGUUCCCCUUCCAUGAAUGGAGGAUCGCCUUCUUUUUGUGGAAGGUGGAGGUUCCUGCUGUAAGAACAAGAUAAAGUGAUUUUUACUAAUCCCUGCUUUUCCUCUGCUGUUCUGAAGAUUUCCUCAACCUUCCGAAGCAGAUUUUUGUGAGCGGAAGGUCAUCCGAAAAGGGGUUAGAUAGGUUUUGCUUGGGAAGCAGUUCUAGAGUUUAGAAGCUGCCACACCAAGAAGCACCUUGAUUUGGCGUCCACCAAGUACAGUGGUGCCUCGCAAGACGAAAAGAAUCCGUUCCGCGAGUCUCUUCGUCUUGCGGGUUUUUUCGUCUUGCGAAGCAAGCCCAUUAGAGGUUUAGCGGCUUAGCUACAGUAUUAGCGGCUUAGCCGGCUUAAAGAUCAGCUGAUAAGCGGCUUAGCAUCAGCUGUUAAGCGGCUUAAAGAUCAGCUGAUAAGCGGCUUAGCAUCAGCUGUUAAGCGGUUUAGCGGCUUGGGAAAAAGGGGGGGGAAAGGAAAAAACCCCCGCAGGAACUCGCAAGACAUUUUCGUCUUGCGAAGCAAGCACAUAGGAAAUUCGUUUUGCGAAGCACCUCCAAAACGGAAAACCCUUUCGUCUAGCGGGUUUUCCGUCUUGUGAGGCAUUCGUCUUGCGGGGCACCACUGUAUGCGUCAAGCUUUGGUGGGACAGGAAGAGGAGUUUCUCUCGAACACCUGAAAACCUGGACAGGCUGAUGUGGGGAGAUGACCAUAUUUAUAACCAAGUAGACCAUUCCCAAGUCUUGAAGGGCUUUGUAGUUCCUUAUCAGUACUUUGAGUUAUCCCCAGAAACAGACUGGUAACUGGCGAAGCUGUUGUAACAAGGUAGUUGUGUGCUUCCAAGAAAUAGCAGUUGCGUAAUGGAAAGGGAUAUGAAAGUAAGUUGAGAAGAUACUUUUUCAGGCAACGAAAGAAUUGUGGGAAGUGGGGGGAGGGGAAUUGGAGAGGUGACCAUGUGCAAAAGUGAGGGCUUCUUCCCCCUUUUCUUUUUGGAAAUACAAACUGUUGUUUGAAGGGAUUUUACUCUAUUGGGUACACUAAGAAAAGCAUCAACACGUGGAGCUUGCCAUAGUGAUUUUAGAAAGUGCAUACCCUUGCCUCUUUCCCCCAAAUGCUGUAUGGGAGCAAACAGUCCUCUAUGGACCAGUACUGACAGUACUUAAGAAAACGAAAGUGAAGACUACCAUCUUCAGUUGGGACUUGGCAGGGGGUGAAGCUGUUCUUGCUUGACUCACUGGCAAUUGCCCAGCGAAGCUCAAGAACUGCUGUGCCAAAGGGUUAACCUCUUUGUAUUCUAUAUAUAAAAAAAACUACUCUCUUUUGGUCCUGCCACUUGAGAACGUUCAGCUGGAGAAAUCAAGAACUGUAACUGUCCUAUUCUGUCCUUCUGGGACAUGUGGUUGAUUGAACAUUAUCCAGCAGGGGAACUGACACCUUAUUUGCCCUAUACUUGGAUUUGCUGUGUUCUGCUUAGUCACUGAUGGCUUUGUCUUUCCAUGCUUUAAAAACGUGUGCUGUUUUGAAAAACAACUUCCUCGUGGUCUGCUCUCUUGUAACCUUCUGGGAACUGAUCUCUUCUUGGGUUUCUAAGCAACGGGAUCUUAACUCUCUGCUUCUGCCCUGCGGCUCCUUUCACCCAAAGUAUCUGAACCUUCAAAACUGUCACAAACCAGCUGUUUUGGGGCUACAAUUCCCAUCAUCCCUGACCACUUGCCCUGCUAGCUAGGGAUGAUGGGAGUUGUAGUCCACAAACAGCUGGAGACCCAAGUUUGGGAAACCCUGAUUUUAUACCAAUGUCCCAUUGUCUCACCGGCCAAAAAAAAGGAGGCAGAUGAAGCUUAAGUACAUCUUGUUGAAACUAAGCAGAUCUGGGUCUACCUGGGAGAUAGAAAGAUAUAUAGAUAUAGAUAUGGUUUUAUGUCAGAAGAAACAUGUGAUAUAAAUAUAAGAAAAUAAAUAUGUCGUGAACCCAUCAUAACAUAACAGAGGAAUUGUAAUCUACCUAUUACAUCAUAUAAGGAAAACAAGCUGAUGUGAUGCUCCAAGCUACUGGACAUGACAAUCAGCAUUCUCUCUCUCUCCAAAAUAAUAUGCUACUGCACCUUUAUAAAGUGAUUCCUUGCCCAGAGUUUUUAAAUCUGGCAGCAGUGUUCAACUUGCAGUAGUUGGUGUGAUGGGGCUUAUCCUGACAGUGGCUGCAUAGAAUCCUGUAGAUUACAAUAAUCUUUCUGAAACUUCUUGUACCAUAAAGUGUUCAGCCACCCUUUUACAAUGGCGCCAAGCCCAGUUUAAAGGGCAUUUCAAGUUCACUUAAGCACAACAGUAUUCUGCAUCCUCCCCUUGAUGUUGUUUUGUUUUGUUCUUUGGCAGAGUUGGAGUUGAUCCAGAUCAAGACCCGCCACCCACUAACGACAGCUUUCAAGUCCUUCAAGGAGUGAGUAGCUACCUUUCUCCAUAGGUUAAUGAGAUGCUGGAAUCGUACUUCGACAAAUCAUGAGUGCUAAUUGCAUGCAAGAGGCCAAAGUCCAUAAGGUCUCUUAUUACUUUCUUUUAUCACAUGAAAAUCAGAGCAAAAGUUGCAAUUACUGGAAACCUGAGCUCAUUCAAAUCAGUUUCUUCUUGGUUACUAAAGGGUCAUAGCAAAUGCCUAUAUAGAAGAGAUUCAAAAGUAGCAAAAAGGAUGCAGAGUCUUUGGGGUUUUUCUACUGCUAGGAUUUGGGACAACACUGGGGGAUAUUUAAGAAAAUGAAACAAUGCUCAGGUCAAUUAGGGGCAAGCCCAGACCAAAUGGGGAAGUAUGGCAUUCAGAUUUAGGCAAAUUGGACUAAAGGAUUCCUCUCUGUAACAAUUUUGGUGCUUUUGUCCAUUCCAUCAUUCUAUUCGUCAUCACAAUAUUGCAUUCAAAAUAUGCUCAGUAAUCUUUUUGCUAAUUUGAUAGUUAAAAUGCAAUGCAAUUUCCUCCUGGAGCACCAUGAUUCCAGGCCCAAGGUAGAUAACAAAUAUCACAUCUCUAGGUACAGUGGUGCCUCGCAAGACGAAAUUAAUUCGUUCCGCAAGUCUCUUCGUCUUGCGAGUUUUUCGUCUUGCGAUGCACGGUUUCCCAUAGGAAUGCAUUGAAAAUCAAUUAAUGCGUUCCUAGGAAACCGCUUCAGACCAGGUCCGGGGACAGUCUGUCCCCGGACCUCUUCUGAAGGCUGGGGGGCAAGGGCUUUUCUUCCCACCCCAGCAUUUUAAAAACUCCGGGACAGCGGAGGACUUCUCCGCUGUCCGGGCGAUCUUAAAAUGCUGGCGGGCGGCAUUUUAAAAUCACCCCGGGACAGCGGAGGACUUCUCCGCUGUCCGGGGCAAUUUAAAAGCCCCUGGGAAGGCAGGCAGGGGGGACAAAGACUUUCGCCCCCCGCCAGCCUUCAGAAGAGGUCCUGGACCUCUUCUGAAGGCGGGCGGGGGCGAAGUCUUGCUCCCCCGCCUUCAAAAGCCCUCCGGGACAGGCAGGCAGGGGGAGCAAAGACUUUCGCCCCCGCCCGCCUUCAGAAGGUCUUCCCUCCCCCCGCCCGGCUCGGAGCACCGUCCCGAAGCCGGGCGGCGGCGGAGGUCUUCCCUCCCCCGCCCGGCCUCGGAGCACCGUCCCGAGCCGGGCGGCGGCGGCAGGUGUUCCCUCCCCCGCCCGGCUCGGAGCACCGUUCCGGCCGGGCGGCGGGGAGGUCUUCCCUCCCCGCCCGGCCUCGGGAGCACCGCUCCGAAGCCGGGCGGCGGCGGCAGGUGUUCCCUCCCCCGCCCGGCUCGGAGCACCGCUCCGAGCCGGGCGGCGGCGGCAGGUGUUCCCUCCCCGCCCGGCUCGGAGCACCGUCCGGGCCGGGCGGCGGCGGCAGGUGUUCCCUCCCCCGCCCGGCUUCGGAGGAGCCUUCCGAGCCCGGCGGCGGCGGGAGGAGGUGUCCCCGCCCCGCCGCCAGGCUUCGGAGGAGGUCCGAGGACAGUGGGGAAGACGCGCUGCGCUUCCCGCUGUCCCUGAGAUUUCCCUAUGGGCUGUCGUCUUGCGAAGCAAGCCCAUAGGGAAAUUCGUUUUGCGAAGCGCCUCCAAAACGGAAAACCCUUUCGUCUAGCGGGUUUUCCGUCUUGCGAGGCGUUCGUCUUGCGGGGUACCACUGUACAUAUGUUACAAUGCAGGUUGGCAUAUAACAUGUGAUCGGGGACAUGUGUAGGCUUGGUAACAUAGCAUGAAGGGGAGCAUAAGGGACAGAGCUAAUGCCCAGUAGAGAAACGUCCUAUAUCUGUUCCUCCUUUGCGUAGGUCCAUAUGGCCCAUGGUCACCAUCUCUUCCAUUUUCCAUGCCAAACAAAAGUGAAGACUACCAUCUUCACUUGGGGGCGAAGGUGUUCUUGCUUGACUCACUGGCAAUUGCUCAGUGAAGCUCAAGUACUGCUGUGCCAAAGGGUUCACCUCUUUGUAUUUCUAUAUAUAAAACUGGUUGUCUUCUUGACAGGAGGGUCCAGAUGCCGAAAGAAGGAACCGGACAAAACAGGAAAGUGUUUGGAUCUUCAGGCUGUGGUACAGCUUUGACCACAAGUAUCCUUUUCGAGCUGUUAGAAAGCGCUUCAAACAAGAGGUAGCCACUGGCUCUUUAUAGCUGGUCUCUAGGAUGAGAGUGGGCAGCUAGGAUGAGAGUGCUCCAGCGGGAGCAAUGGGCAAAUAGCUCAGUUGGUUAGAGUGUGGCGCUGAGUUGGGACUAGAUGACCCACAGGGUCCCUUCCAACGCAAUGAUUCCAUGAAAUGAAGGCACCAUUUAACUCACAAAUGGCCUAACCAGCAAUAGGAAACUCCAAGAAAUGGAGGGAGGAGGGAAGUUGCCAGAGCCCAGCAUCAAUAAAAAGAUUACUUCCCAGAAGGCCGGUCAGCCAGGAAGAAUUUGGGUAACCAGAAGAGCCAGGUGGCUUUCCUGAUCCCAACCUUUUUACCCUUUACCUCUCUCCCUAACCUUCCCCAGUCACACAAUCAUCUUCACAUGCGGAACGAAAUCUGGAAAUAGCCUUCCUCUGAUGGCUUCAUGAAGCCAGUGUCGCAACACAGAGCAUGACACAUCGUCUCGUUCUUCAGGGCAUAUGAAGAGUGAGGUUAAUGCUAGCCAAUGCCAGAAACAGACUAGCGUUGCACAACACAGCGUCCUGAUCUGCGUGUUGCAACAGUGGCGAGGAAAAGCUGUUGCCCAGGUGCCAUGUCCAGCAUUUUCUGCCUCUAAGCCCCCUGAUCAGGCAGCUUUGAAAUAAUGGCAUGCGACACGGGGACAAAUAGAAGAAGAUACCUUCACCCCGGUAUGGCUUCCCUUUAUCACAUACACAGCCCAACAAGACAAUGACAAGAAUCCACCAACAGCAUACGAAUCAAUAUGGCUAACCUAAUUCAAAAACACCCACCCACCCCACUCACACACAAAAACAAAGUCUACCACAGCCAAUCACAAACAAGCAACCACACCCAUGGCCAACGCCAAUGUCUCUCACCACCAAAGGAACACAAGUGAAUAGCAAAGAGAACCCACACAAAUGACACUGACACAAAACCCCACACAUACAUUAAGCAGAUUAGAAACAUCGCCUCCCCACCCCACCCCCACUCACAUGCCCCCCUCCACCUCUCCCCCCCCUUUUCUUCCUAAUGUAACCCUAAUAUCUCAACAAAUGAAACUGACCUAUGGAAAAUGUAACUUGAAAAAAGAGACAUUGCACAUACCUUUGUAAACCAAGAAAACUUUAAUUAAAAAAAACUUGUUUACAAAAGCAAUUAAAAAAAAGAAUAUAGCCGUGAUGAAUCGGGGUAGAAGUAUUUUUUUUAAAAUCGUUUUUACUAAGGCGUGUUUCUUUUCCUUAACAAUGCAUUAAAAGUUACCUCAAGCCCAUUCUCACACACAGUGGCCCUCCGCUCGUUACGACUCUUCCAAGUUGGUGCGGCUUGAUAGCGCGUUGCUUAACGACUCCCCAGGUUUAUGAGGUCAGUGUGUUUUCCCCAUUUGGUUAACAAAAGUGUUUUCUUUAGCUAGAGUAAAAAAAACUUGGGCGCACACUGCAGGGCUCUGAAAUGCAAUAGAAGCAACACAUAUUCUGAUACAUUCCAAUAAAUGCUAUAUGAGAUGUUGCUUUUGGUAUAUUUAUGACUGAAGGAACACCUGAGUGCAGUAGGUUUUUAGAGGAUAUCAGAACAUGGAUUUCCAUUCUUUUGGGUAGAUAUGGAAAUCAUUCAGAAUGCUGACGUCAUAAGACUGGCUGGAUGAAGAGGAGUGGUGGGAGGCAGCCCCAAGGGAGGAAGGCUCAGACCUAGGGGACUGGUGGUGGGACAAAUGGUCAGAGGGAGAAGGAGCAGACAGGAAGGUGGGGAAGUAACGGGAACAGGAGAGGCGACAGGGUUUAGUGAGCGGGAAGAGGCUGGAGAGGAGGGGGGUCAAGAGGCUGUGGAAGAGAACAGGGAGUCUCCCCCUCCUGUAGCAACCAGCUCCCCACUCCCCCAGAACAUGGAGAGAAAUGAUGAGGGCAGAGGAAUGAGAGGAAGAAGGCAAAGCCUUAGGCUCCUGGGGAAGGAGUGUUAGAAAGCCUUUGGUCCUUACAACUGCUUCAUUGGGGCAAGAUCUCCUGGAAAGUGUUUCUGAGACGUGAGCUGUGAUUUGCUCCCUUGAAUAAAGAGUCAACUGCACAGGCCUCAGUUGCUUUAUUGUUUUAUUGCUGACCUGUACCUGACUCCAGCCCUGACAGUUGGGUCCUCUGUGGCACCACCUUAUUAAGAAUGGACCAUUUUCAGCAGAUGCUCUGUGCUAUUUGCACAGUGACACGAGAGAAACUUUGGAAUAAGCGACUCUGUUAACUCUUUAGGAGUUCCGCAACAUCCCUGUGUUGGAGGUCUUGCUGUUUUUAAGGUCCUCAAUUGGAUUUGAGAGACAAUCGGUAUAAAUAUUUGCGAUUGGGAUUCAGUCAUGUAGCAUACCCAUGGCUAUGUGUUUGGCUUUUAAAAAGAGACUUAACUGGUGAGCUGUUCUAGGCGAGGUUCAAAGUUUGCUGAGAACUCAAGAGUUGGGGAAGGAGACUACUUGCUCUGUGAAGGGCAAGUGAGGCAGAUUCUUCCCCUCCCACCCGUCCUCUGGUAUGUUUCGGUGGGUGGGAGGCAGCCGGGAUUUGAAGGCACUUGAAAGCGAUGAGAAUCUUUCUUGCUGCCUUGGAAAGCCUUCAAGGCAUGGCGAACUCCUUUGUAACUGUGCUUUUGAAAGCUUUCCCAAGCAGCAAGGUGGAUUCUGAUCACCUGCAGAUCUGAAUGCAAAGCGAGAGGCUUGGGGGAGAGGAGGAGAUAGCAGCCAAAAAUUGCUGGCUACCAAGGCCAGCCAAAAUCUGUGGUCUCGUGCUGAGGUUUGUUUGUGUACAUGCACAAAACUAACAGGAAGCUGGGGGAAACUCUGCAAGAGCUUUAAAUUGCACAGGUAGUAUUUAGCUUGGACUGCGUUCCACAGACUGGGAACUGAGUUGCAUGAGUCGAUUUCAUUAGUCCCGAAAAUGGCACAGGUUUCAAUCCUUCGUUAGCUGCGGGGUUCCUGUAAUAUUGACUUGCACUGCAGCCCCUGCUUUUCUUCUUUAAUGAGGAAGAUUAAGUACUUAAAAAAUUACAUUGAAGUGUCAGUUCUGCUAAAACACUUCUCUUUCACUGAGGGCUUACCCUGAGGAGUUAACAUAUGAAAAUAUAAAGGAAAAUGUCCAUGUGGCUACUGUAGCAUACCCAGUUUCAGGAAUGCCUCCAUCCUGGGGGUGGGUGGGUAUAUUUAAAUAUAUAUUUAACAGGAUGAGUAAAAGUUGAACCCAAACACAUUCUUGCAGAUAGCAUAUCUUAAACUCACUUGAGAAGUAAGGAAUUGAGAGGCCGUUUUAGGGUUAUUUUUGGAAGAUUUUCAAGUCCCCAGGGAUCCAUGUUUUGGCCUCUUUCAAAAGAAUGUUUCAGAUUACUUGAGCUCCAUCUGAAGUAUUCGCUUGUCCCUUCCGCCUCAAGACAGCAUAAUCCUGAGCAACGCUGUCAGUUAUGGUGUAUUGGUGAUAGCUGGGGGGGUGUUUUUUGUAAGUGGUAUUUGUGUCCCACUUGGCUGCAGUUUUAUAGCUUGCUCUAGGAUAAACCAAACUUAGCAAAGGGAAUGUUUGGUGAAGAACAUGGGAUGAGGUAAAGUCCUGUUUAUUGCAAAGUACUCCUGGUGGGGAGGAACCAUGUGUUCAUAGAGUUUUGGAGUUGGAAAGGGACCCUGAGGAUCAUCUAGUCUAGUCCAGGAAAAUGCAACUGCCCCAUCAGCAGAAGGACUAGGACUUCUCUUUGUGCAGCGGCACUUCCUCCCCCCCUCUCCUCCCCCCCCAAAAAUAAUUGGCUCUUGGGGGCAGUCAGAAGAACCCCUGGCAACAGCAUUCAGGGGGAGGAAUGUUUUAUCUGGCAAGCCAAAAUGUGUGAAAGUCUCCCCAAAUCUCUCUUCGGGAAAGGAAAUAAUUGUUAAGGAAACUACUUAUCUCCUAACUUGCCUCCUUUUUUCACCUGGAACUGCAUUGGCGCCGCUAGUCUGCAAGCUACCUUUGCAAAUGGUUCCCCCUUCCCUUUGCUCCAUACACCAUUAGAUCCCUUUCAUCUCACUAUCAGAAACUCCAGCGUGGGCACUAGAAACAAUUUCAUUUAAACUGGAUAGAAUGGAAAAGCCCUGAGGUGUGGAAGGAGGCUGGAGCUGCCGACGUGUUUGUCACUGUUGACAAAGAGCUCUGGCUUCAGCUGCUUUUAAACUGGGCUUUGCUAGCUAUUAAGAGCAUGGUGUUGAUAACGCCAAGGCUGCAGGUUUGAUCCCUGUAUGGGAUAGCUGCGUAUUCCUGCAUUAUAGGGGGUUGGACUAGAUGAUCCUUAGGGUCCCUUCCAACUCUACAAUUCAGCAAAGCUGGAUGUACUCUGCAUUAUCAGAUUGUUGAUAAGUUGUCAGACUCUGCAUACCAGUGGCAGGCAUGAGAGUAAAGGAUAAAUGGGCAGUCUAUAGCUUUCUGGCUGACACAUGUGACCCCUCUCCCCCCAAUAUCUUUGCAUUAAAACCGCUUCUUUCUAGAGCUAUUGAAUGUGAAGAUACUUCUAAAAGAAUGCAGCUGAUUGCUUAUAACUGGUGUGUUAGUUGUGCUCAAGAUUUCAGUCACAAUCUUGUUUGUCUUAAAUCCGCAGCAUUUUUGGUUUUGCUUUUUAGUAACUUGCACCAACUUACACUGGGAAAUCUGUGUGGUUUUUCUUCUGCAGAACCAAGAGCAGCUUAGAGAUGAAGACUCUGACUUUAUCCUUAAUGAUAGCGACCUGACGCUGACGUACGGGGACACGACAAUAACUGCUAACGGGUCCUCGGGUUCACAUGCUGCUGUUACCAGCCUUGAUGGCAGGAAGACAAAAAGCAGCUCAGAGGAGGCCCUGGAACGUGAUCUGGGAACAGAAGCGCCUGAGGUGAUGAGCAGAGGCACCCGGCUAGUGUUUCCACUGGAUGCAUGAUGACUGGCUUGGUAAAAAUGCAGCAAUAGACCCCCAACACCCAAAGAUCAAAGAUGCCUGCAGGCCUCGGAGCUGGCAGAGAGGCUUAUCAAACUGAAUUCAUGCCUGUUGUCCAAGUGGUUUUAUUAAGGUCUGAAGAUGCCCUUGCCCCCCCCCCCAUCUCUUCUCUUUAAUUUCUUUCAAGAUGCUGGCAAAUGUCUAGAAGAUACCUGACAAGUGAAAAAGUGGUCAGGUUAUUGUUAAAAAGAAUACUUGAAAUGAAAAGUAGCACGUUUUAAGAGCCUUGUUCUACUGAGCCACACCUCGUGAGAUGAGGCAAUUAAUGGUAAUGGUGGUUUAAACUAAUUGAGAACCACUAAAAGCUUUUCAGCCUGGAAAGCGCAGGAGAUGUUGAGGUCGGUCAUCACUGAGAGAGGGUGCAAUGUUUGACUUAUACUUGAAGAAAUGUAGGUGCAAAGGUGUAUGUUUUAUGUUGUGACCACACCCACAAAUGUUGUUUUAUUUCCUGAGACUUGUUGAAAAACAAAGCUCCGUGACAUUUCAAGGGAUAUUUAAAAAGAAAGAAAAAAAUUAUAAUCGUCCUUGCAAGUAAAGUUUGCUAUUAAAUUAUUCUGUGUCUAAAAGGGGAAAGAAGCAGUCUGUGCGUUUCUCUUAAUCUCUUAUUGAGAAUUUCUGUUAAGAGUCCUCUGGCUGUAUCACAAGCAAAAAGUCCAAUCUGUUCGCCACCUAAUUUUUAAAAUUUAACUCUUAGUUCUAUAAACUCCUAGACUUUACUUGGAGGAAAGCAUCAGUCAACCAGUGGUGACAUUCCUCUAACUAUGAAGACAGUGUUGAAUGAAUGCAAUGCAGCUUAUACAUUAAGAAGUAUUGAUGGAAUCUGUUUUGGGUUCCUGUCCUCCCGGGCCCAUCAACCCCAAACAUUAUGGCCAGUGGUCAGGGGCGAUAGGUGUUGCAAGCUCACAGAUGCUCCAUCCUUGCUGUAUGGUGUCUGGAUUUAAGCUACGAUUCUCUUAACCAAGGAGGAUGAAUGAGCCUGCCAUAAGUGAAAGCUCUUCAUGUGAUGCUUGCAUCAGAACAAAAAGUGUUUCUCUUUCUCUGUUAGAAGUCCAUUCGUUCGUGUGUGUGUGUGUGUGUGUGUGUGUUAGUGGCAUAUUGCACUAUGAACCUGAUCUAUUAAAAACAGUGCAGUGCCUUUUCUGUAAAAAAGAAAAGAAAUCAUGUUGUAAUCUGAAAAGGGAAGACUUUGCUUAAGGCACAGAGAUGCUCGUUUGCAAAUAGAACACAGGCAGUCCUAAUUGUGAAUGAGUGGCACCCAUGACACAAUUAGGUGGUUCCUUGCUGCUUCCCUCAAAAGAAGCUUUGCUGAUAAAAACAGGUUUUAAAAAAAUAAUAAUGUAAUGUUUUGACUCUUAAUGGGUAGGCUGUUUUGUUUUUUAACUGACUACCCUGGUAAUUGAAACAUAAGAAAAAUGCUUAGGAAAAUUAAAAAAAAAAAAAUUCGUUCUUUUCUUCUUACCAUGAGGACAAUUUUUUACUUGCUGUUUUCUUUUAGUCUGCUUGUGAAGCAGAAAUGAAAUUUGAACCCAGUCUAUGUAAUAAAAAGUCUGUAACUCUUCUGCUUCUCUGUUGUGAUUAUGCACACACGUUUGCAGAUAAGAAGGUUGAUCGUCAUGGUGUUUUUAAAGAAAGCUAUUCCGUUUCUAUCAAUGGCACUACCUGUUCAUACAAGAAAUCUGGACUACAGUACAUUCAGGCUUUCAUUUACACCCUGUGAACUAGUGUAGCCUGGUGGGAUGCAUGUUUACUCAAGACAAGUUUUGCUGACUUCAGUGGGGCUCAGAUCCAAGUCAGUGCAUAAAAAACCCCUUUAAAACCAGACGUCAUUUAUCCCUUCUGUGAUGGCAUGUGUCUCUCAUCCUUAGAAGGAUGUGGUCCUUCCCAAACACUCUUUAAAAAAUGAUCCAAUAAUAACACAGUGCUUUUCUCAAAGCAGGUCCAUGAGCCACAAGCUGAAGCAACAGAUGUUCCUACAGAACAAGGGGGAAAGGGUUGGGGUUUUUUUAAUAGCAUUAUUGCGUAAAUAGCACUACUUUGCCCUUAAAACUAGCCUUUCCUUAGUUUCCGUAUCUCAAGUUACUUAACGCUUCAAUCCUAAACGCAAUUAGCUGGUAGCAAGUCUCAUUGGUUACGUCUGAGUAGACAUGCCUAGGAUUUCACUGUAAGUUUAAGUAAGAUAAAGUUGCCCAAGAAAUGCAUUUAAGUGCAGUUACUCUUUUAAGAGCUGAUAUUUGAGGCUGCUAUACCCCUUUUAGUGCAUAGUCUGGCCAUCAUCGCACAUGGAGAAAAAGGUGUGAGAACUUGGUGAUGGGUCUUCAGCAAUUACUGUGUUUGUGGCAGCAGCCCUCUUCCCAGCUGUGAACAGCUGCAGCAACUGCUGUACACUUUAACCACAAUCCUAUGUGGAACUCAUGUGUCAUGGAAAUCAGUGCCCACCUAAACGUGUGCUGAUUUUAAGAUGAGUUAAUACCUUUCAUUUGAAAAAGCAGCUUUGGUUUUGUUUGUUUUUUAACAGUAGAGGUGUGAAACCUGAAGGCCUCCAGUUCAUUUUAUGUAGCCCCCAGUGCUUCUGAAGCUGCGGAUUUUAAGUGCAUGUUUUCUCUUUCCCUGUAGCUUCAGCUGUUUGAUAAAAAAUAAAUUGAAUGGUUUUGC